GUGGUGCGAGUGCGCCUUGGCAUUCCCCACCCCGGGAAUAAUCCGGCGGAGUCUCGCGGGCCGAGCCGGAGUUGCUGCUGCUGCUGCUGCUCGUCUGGCGGGCGGGCGAGGAAGGGAGCGGGGCCGCCGAGAGCAGCAGCUGCUGCCAGCCCGGGCCCAGGAGGCUUCCUGCCGCCUGGCACCAUGAACACCAUCAAGAACGUGCCGGCGCGGGUGCUGAGCCGCCGAGGGGGGCACAGCCUGGAGGCGGAGAGGGAGCAGUUCGACAAGAACCAGGCAAGGGAUUUCCUGGGGCUGCUUUUUUUUGGGGGGGGUGGCCGGGUGGGGGGCGUGUUUGUGCCCUGGGGGGGGUGGAACUGCAUGGCAGACCUGGAGGUUGCAUCGAAAAGGGGGUGCAGAGUGUGUGUUUGUGUGAGGGAGAGACGGCGCGUGCAUGUGAUUUGAGUGGGGGGCGAGAAGAGAGACACCCCCCGUUGCAUGCAGGCACCUCUCUCUCUCCCCUCCCCCACUUGACCCUGUGCAGGAUCCGUCCUGCUUCCUGCACGGCUGCCCCCCUCCCGCCGCCACCCAGUGAAAUGGAUCCUUUAUCUUGACACACACGACUUCUUCCUUAGCGGGGGGGGGGGGAGUCUUGUCAAUAGGAAACACCCCUCCUGCUUCUCAAAUAUUGAAUGCACCCGGUGUGGGGGGGGGAUGGAGAAGAUCCGUGCACUGCGGGGGUGUCUCCGUAUAGGAUUUGAGGUCGAUUUGCUACGACUAUGCACAGGAUUUGAAACAUGCACGGAAGGUGGGAAGGGAGGGGGCAGGAGAAAGGCAGAGCGCGCGCGGGGGGGGGAUCACCUUGAUCAGAACUAGGUGAGAGAGAAGGAAGGGAGCAGGGAGGGAAUCCUAAGAAUAGCCGGAAUCCCAGAUUUCAUUUAAAAUUAUUAUUAUUAAGGUUGCAGUCCUCGUGGUAGGGAGAGGAAAGAGAAACAAGUCUCCCACAUCCUGGGAGGAGGGCAAGAAAAUUAUUUUUUUCUUCUGAGGUGGCAAAAGGAAAAUUGAGAGGCUAUUCAUUGAAACAUACGGUGUUAAUUACUCAUAAUAAUUUUGUAGCCCUCUUGGUUACAAGGAGGAGAAAGGAGAGCAAUUUUCGCAUGUCUUUGAUGUUGUAAGGGGGAAAAUGCUUCUGAGGAGUCAAAAUAAAAAUUGAGGGGCAUUCAUUGUUGUUCUGCAUGACUGUGAGUUUUUGAAACUUAAAAAUUAACAGAUGCACACGUUUAAAAAAUAGUGUGAGGAGGUAUUGGUUGGAACAGCAUGUGUUUUGGGUAUACAUAAGGCUGAAUCAAGGGUGCUCUCUAAAGAAUGUAUUGGGGAUUGAGUGAUACUUGCAGACAGGAGUUUCCGAGAGGGAGCAAGAGACUGUCUAUCAUGACCCCCAAAUGUAGGUUUGUGAUUGUCAUCCACCUCAGCCCACCUGCAGUCUCCAUGCCCCUCAGCGGCUUGCUUUUUGAAAUAUAGAAUAGUUCAAUCGUCGAACCAUGGAGUUGGAAGGAGCCACAAGGGUCAUCUAGUCCAACCCGUUGCGAUGCAGGAGUCUUUUGCCCAGUGUGGGGCUUGAACCCACAACCCAGAGAUUAAGUCUCUCUUGUGGCAGAAAAGCAUUGGUGUGUGUCUUCCUCUGCUGAGGAUUGGGGUGUCCCCUUGCGCAGCAAUGUGUUAAUCGGUUCUGUGUUUGUCUUAUCCGUGUGUGUAUCGUCCAGGACAUGCAACCCUGAUGGUUUGAGGUGGGAGGCUAGAUUUAUAAUUUCCAAGAAUGACACUUUUCUUUUUUAAAGGGGGAUGGUGAGUGGAACAAACACAAACUUGAGUUGUGAUUUUGACUUUCCCCCCAUUUGUAGUACUUUGCCUCUGGCCUGGCCUGUUUUUUUUGUGUGUGUGUCUGGGGAUAUUACUAAUAGCUUCAGCCUGUACAUUUCUCUUUGACAUUCUUGGGCUAUCGUGUUUGAGGCCGGGGUGCAGCUUCUCAACUUUAGAGGAGGUUCUGGGGUUCCUACAAGCCACACCCUGUGAACCGGAAUUCCUUUCCCCUGGUUCUGACUGGGUAUGUGACUAGUGUUUGUUUCAGUGGUGGUGAGAGGGGAAACAAGGCACUCUGCAGAUGCUCAGAAAUGCUGGUGUUCCUUCCGACAGAGCCUGACAAUUAAAAUAAUGUCUGGGGCCUGAGUCCUUGUCUGUGUGAGAUUCCCAUGGCUUCCUUCGUUGCCUGUAUUGCCCUGUAUGGCCUUUUUGAUGUUCUGUGCAUGUGUAGAUCAGGAAUGUGCACAAUCUCUCUCCUACCCUGUAAUUGAAUUUUGCAUGUAUCUGCGGAUGUGUGUAUGUUCUUACAUACAGUGGUACCUCGGGUUACAUACGCUUCAGGUUACAGACUCCGCUAACCCAGAAAUAGUGCUUCAGGUUAAGAACUUUGCUUCAGGAUGAGAACAGAAAUCGCGUGGCGGCGGUGCGGCAGCAGCAGGAGGCCCCAUUAGCUAAAGUGGUGCUUCAGGUUAAGAACAGUUUCAGGUUAAGUACAGACCUCCGGAACGAAUUAAGUACUUAACCCGAGGUACCACUGUAUAUACUACUGGGAUAAACAAUAUGGAUUUAUAUACGGUUUGGGUAAUGAGAAUUUGUCUAUUGUUUCAGGGUUUGUAGGGCUGAUUCUGUGUAGGUUAUCCUGUGUACACUUUUUUGUGUGUGGCUUUUCCUAGAGACAAACAUCUGGUCCUGUUUCUAUCAUAGGCAGAAGUUGCUUAGUUUUUCUGAAAACAAACAAACAAACAAACAAACCAAUAAUGUUUUGUUAGUUACCUGUGCGGUCUUGAAGAGGAACAUAUUUAUUGAGGCAGAAGUUUGUGCAGCCUGUGCAGGAACCUGAUGAAAUGACCCGUAUUCCACAAAAGCUUCCAACAUGCCAUGUCUUUUCCAUAUUACCCUGCCACAAUGAACCUGCUUCCCCAAUCUGGAGCCUUUUCUGCUGGUCUAGAUCUUUUCCCAUGCCCCAGCUUUAAGGAAACAGGUGUGAAAUAAAGUACAGUGGAGUGCCUCUGAGCAUGUGCAGAGUCCCUUGCCUUCACCAAAGACAGCCUUUCCUCAAACACAUAGAAUGAAGGAAGGCCCCUCUGAGGCAGAUGGCAUCUCAAAGCAACAGGUUCAAGUCACCAGGCAAGAUGGCAACCCUUUUCUCUCUUCCCCUCUCAGUUCCAUAUACAGAAAUGGACCAUUGCUUUUUCUUUCUUUUUUAAAGCGUUUAUUAAUUUUCCAAUAAGAACAUCCAAUUAAUAUAUCAAAUCAAAUCCAAUAAAAAUAAAUAAAAUUAAAAAGUCCAUUUGUCUUCCAAAUUGUAAUAAUUUUUUGUUUUGACAAAUGGGCCAUUGCUUCAACCCUGGCAGCAGGACAUACCUCUGGGACUGGCAGCAGUUUUGAGGGUGCAGAAAGCAAAGGCUGAGGGGCUGUUGAGCUCUGCCCCACCUUUUCUCACAGCAGAGUCGAAACACUUUUAUUUCCUCCUUAGAAACUGUUGGAAGCAACUCCCCUCAUUCCUUGCUAUAUUGGCCCUGCUGGGCCUGGCAGGGGCUGAUGGGAGCUGGAAUCCAACAAAGUCUGGAGCGUUAUAGGGUCUCCAGACGCUCCAAUGUCUCUUCUUAAACUUACAGCCACUGACUUUCAAGGAAGGUCAUUUACGUCCAUUUCCAGGCAGGGAACACCAGUGCUUUUUGGGUGUGAAAUGCGCUGUGUUUAUUGCCUCAAGGUAUCUUGGAAAAUCCUCCCUUGGAAGGAUAGGGAGGGUGCUUUGACAGCCCAGCAAUUUUUCACUGCAGCGCACCUGUACGCCACAGGUACUCAGUGAACAGCCUGUGUUGACUCUGUCCCUGUACGUGUGUGUGUGUGUGUGAUUCAGUGUGUGUUUCUGAGCGUCGAGGAGAAAUAGCGAGAGUGUUUUUGGGCAAAUGUCAGGAAGUGUGCGUGUGUGUCUUCCUUGAAACUCCCAUCUUCAGUUGUCAAAAAUGAACACUGGAAACACUUUUUCCUUCCUGGGUGUUUCUUUUCCAUUUGUUGUGCAGUUUCUCUUUCCCUUUCUCACAUAUGUUAUGGUCCCAGAAACCUCUCUUGCUUCCUAGUUCGUCUGGUCUUGAUUCCAGUUUGGCAUUCUCCAAGACUGGAGAGGUGAAGAGUUUGUCGAAGGUUCUGUCAUUGGGGCCCAGUUAAGCGGUGUACUUAUUGAACCCCAUAGCCUUGCUUUGAACAGUUGGGUGGCACAGGUGUUUUGCAUUUUUUUAAAAAUCAAUUUACAUACACUUUUUUUAAUUAGCUGCUUUCUUUGUAACAAAUUGGCUGCCCUCUUUUUAGGAGAUGAGAAUAAUUUAUAUUUCAUGCAUAAACCUCUGGGCAAAAAACCAACUCUUACCCAGUUAUUUAUUGCUUUUAUAGUCUACCUUUUCCUCAGUGAGUUCAAGGGAACCUAAUUAGUUCUUUCUAUGCCCUUAGAAUCUUUGCAACAACCCUGUGAGGUAGGAUAGGUCGAGAGAGACAGGCCUAGUUUCCACAGAACACUAAGCCAUGUUUAAUGCUAACCAUAGUUAAUAAACAUUUGUUAAACCUGGGACUCCUGGCAGUCAGUCACUUAAACCUCAUUUCAUGAACCCUUCCCCCAUUAAAGCAGACACAAGCCAGGAAGAUCCACUCUUCAGCCAUGGCUUGGCUGCUUUUGGGUGGUGACGGUUAUUUAUAUAGGAGGUUCAGGUUCGUACCUCUAAACUCUGGUUAACUGAGGUUUGCAAACCAGCUGGGUUAGGUUCUCACUUAAUGCUAAGCCACGGUUUGCAAAAACAUAGUUUGGUGCUCUGUACAAAUCUUUUUUUAUAUGUAUAUACCUUUUUACAAAACAGGCCAGUCAUUGGCUUAAGGUUCCCAAGUUAGCUUCAUGGCUGAGUGAGAAAUGGAACCCUGUUCCUCUGCACUGGGACUCAGGGGUGUGGGUGUGUGAGAUAUGGCUGAUCUCGAGCCGCUGUUGAUGGGCCUGUCUGUGCAAAUGAUAUGCAAAUGAUGCAAGUUAUUCAAAUAGCAAAUUGUCCACAGCCCUAUAGCUUUCAGAGUGGUAGUUCUGGGUGUCAAGGAGGUUGUCUGUUGAAGCUGCAUUAUGGUUCUGGGUGGUGAUGAAGUCCUGGUAAUGAUUUGCUGACCUGCUCUGAUGUCAGAGAAGGACAAAAGAAGGAGGGCCAUCAGACACCAGGAUCCUAGGAAACAAAGAGCGGAAGAUGAGUGUAUACACAGGAACAAAGGUAAGAGGAGAAGAUCAGAGCGAAGAAAAUGAGGGGGUGAUUUUGCUGACCUAUGCUUACAGCUUUGGGCCUCUGGUGAUAACAGUAGAUAUUUAAAGUUUAAAAUGUGCUGCUUUCGUCUGCCACCUUUGAGCCCCAUUUAGUCACUGAGUAAAUUGCCAUCAUGUCACGAAAUCUUUACAAACAAACAUUUAAGGAGGAUGAUUUUGACAGGAAGAUUAAAAUCAGUGCAGCUGCUGCAAAGGAAGCAGAGCAUUCAUCUGGCAGGGUGAAAACCUUGCAUGGGGCCUAGAGAUGGAAGGGACAGGGUGCUCAAAGAGAAAACUAAGGAAUAUGGCGUGCCUGUAAGGCCAGGAGAAAGAUGGACUUAAAAAAAUAAAGUAUUGGUCAGCAACUGAAGUCACCUGUUCUAGAUGUGGCCCACCACGUCACCCCUUUGUUGAUACCUGAGAGGUGAAAGAGAGUUGCCAAUAUAGUGGCAUCUGUGGCAACAGCCACCUGAGGGUGCCCCUAUGGAAAUUGGAAGUUGAGGCCUUGGUCUUUCAGCCCAACUCCAUUGUUGAAGUGGUUCUCUGAGAAUGAGCACACAUGGCAGUCAGGGCAGCUAUCAAGACAGACAACUGGUCCAUCUUACUAGCCCAAAACUGAUGACCCCCCACGUCCAGGGGUUCUGCAAGAUCUCAACCACACAUGCAUCUUUCUCAGCCCUCUCGCGAGCAAAUCGGCUUGAGCUGGAGUGACCUAGAGCUUUCCACGUUCAAAAUGUGUUCUCUCUACUGAGUCCCUGUAGUUGCUGACCAGGGAGCAGCAGAGAGAUGAAGAAGAAGCUGAAUGCUUAUAGGCUGUAAGGAAGCUGGGGGAAUUGGGGUGUGAGGGCAUAUGCAGGGUGCUUUGGGGCAAUAACGGCCUGCGGAGGGUCGCGAGGAUCAAAUAUUCUGUUCUUAAUUGCUUCUUAGAACGAAUCCAUCCCCGCUGAGCAAAUCUGGAUUUAUUCAUCUGUUACAAUUAGCAUUUUAAAAUACCCAUGUGAGUCUGGAAGAUUUGGGUUUCUCUGGGAAGAUCUUCUGCCUGUGGGGUUUAUUAACUGAAGUCCAAGGUAGUUGCUAGAUUUGAGUAAUGGAAGCAGUGGGCAGAGGGGGAUAUGUGUUGCCGAUUGGUAACUGUUUCCUUAAAUACCUAUUCACUUGGAAGUAGGGAAGAGGGGUUUGAUUCACUUCUCAUUUAAACGUGAACCUACCUUAUAUGCUGUUUUCAGAACAAUACAGGAACUGAAAUGCAGGCACCUUUCAAAAUCUGCUCUUCUCUGAAUUUUUCAGUGCUGUUCUGCACCCAAGGAAUGUGUAUCAAAAUGCAUAUACAGUGGUAUCUUGGGUUACAGACGCUUCAGAUUACAGACUCCGCUAACCCAGAAAUAGUACCUUGGGUUAAGAACUUAGCUUCAGGAUGAGAACAGAAAUUGCGCACCAGCAGUGCAGUGGCAGUGGGAGGCCCCAUUAGCUAAAGUGGUACCUCGGGUUAAGAACAGUUUCAGGUUAAGAAUGGAGCUCCAGAACGAAUUAAGUUCUUAACCCGAGGUACCAUUGUACUAGGACACAGUUUGCACCAACAAACAUAUAUCACUGAAAAUAACAUACAAGUAUGCAUUAUAUUAGGAGAAAGGGCAUACCAAAACUUGCAUGUUAUGAAAAUUCAUCAGCAAAUUUCUCCUGAGGAUUUAAAAAUAUGUAUGUUUUCAAACUGAUGUGAAAAUGUGGAGAACUGAACCUCAAGACAGGAAACAUAAGGAACGUAGAGAAAUCUAAAUGGAGAGAUUUGCCCCACCCUGCGUGGAUGUAUACAGUCCUUGUCUCCCUGCGAAUAACUACCCUGCCUUGUCUGCCUGUCCCCCUCCGGUUUUGAAAUGCGGAGAAGAUUUAGGAGUCGUAAUACAGUGGACAAUCUCCUUCAUCCCAACCCAGUUUAUCUGCUACUACAAACAUGCCUCCAGUGUUUGCGGAGAAGGGAUUAGAAAGUUUUAUGGCAGUGUGCUAAGAAGGGAGAAAAGAAGUGGAAUCUCUCCCAGCUGAGAAAGCCCUCUGAAGGUUACAGAAACAGCAGCCCUGGCAGCAAAGAAUGCUGAGAUGGCGGUUUGUUUGCCACACGCCCAAAGCACAAUUCGGGCAAAUCCCUGCCCUCCCACUGACCUGACUGCUAUUGCAGUUCAUAACCCUGGCUGGAGAUGAGGAAAUCUCAGCUGUUUUUGUCCCAGCAACAUAUUAAAAGAUGUUGUAUGGAUUUUAUGGACGUAAGAGUAAUCGGCAGUUUAUAAGCUUCAGGCACAAUCUGGCUGGAAGCUUUCCUGGAAAAGGUCUAUUAAAAUGAAUGGUGGAUUCCUGAUGGACUUUUAUCCAUAAGCCACAUUGAGUCACUAUCAAAGAAAAAGCUUGAGUACAAAUAAAUGUAUAACAACAACAGCUCCCUGCCAACACACAGGUAUUUCAAUCCUGCUUGAUUUGGGUAUGCAAGCAAGUUUCCUGCGUACUCAAACUGAGCAGAAAGCAGGAUUGAACUCUCUGCUCAUCGUCAUCUUAUGGGCAGAGAGGUCAAUCCUUCUCAGGACUAUCCCCCCUACUCUCCUUGGGCCACCUUGGACAAGAUAGUGUGAUAGGAAUUUUAUGGUUUUAGAUAUAUGGCAACGUUCAUAACCACACGUACAUAGAUCAGCACAGGAAAGCCAACCUGGAACCAUUUUGAUUCCUAAACUGAGCAAAUGUUUCUCUGCAUGGUAAAAAUGGAAAAGCCUCCCCAUUGUCUCUUUCCUCACAAAUCGUGUCUCAAUGAUAUGUCUGUAUGAAUAAGGUGUGAGCCUGUGACCUGGCCCAGGAAAUAAGUAUUUUACCACUACAAAAGAAUGGCCAGGCUCCCCAGGCAAUCCAAUCAAGUAACUUGCCAGACAGGAGAUAAACUGUGACAGGAGAAAAACAACAUUUAAAUUUCUGUGAUGUAGGUGGGAUGUAUCUGAGGGGUGGUCUUAGGUUACACCCUUCUGUGAUGUAUGCAUAAUGUUUCUGGGGGUGGUCUUGAUCUAGAGGAUGGGAAUUUCAAAAGUCUUUAUAAGCCCUGCAUAGCAUGUUGGGGGUCCUCUUCCUCUCCUGCGUGUGAGGGGAGCACCCUGUUGCAACAGAUCAAUAAAGAUCAAGCUUACUAGCUGCUUUGCUUCUCAAUAUUCUCUGGUUGGCCUCUGUUAUUUUCUCCUACCAAUAGGGAACCUAUGUAAGGACUCUAUAUGGGCUCUUGGAUACCCCAUAAGGGAAAAGGGCAUAUUUUUAUUUACAACAAUAGUCAUUUGAUGCCUUUAUGACAUCAGAAGAGUGAUAGAUUUGACCCCCUCUCUAGGGCAUUAGAGGAGAAUCUUUCCCAGCCAUAUUUUGAGAUGCCAGAGGUUGAAUCUGGGUCUUUUGCAUGCAAAGCAUGCACUCUGCUGCUGAGCUUGGCCUCCCCAGCAAAAUGCACAAUUUUAAAAUGCAGUGGAGCAGGAUAUAAAUUAAGCAAAUUAUGUAAAACAGAGCAUGCAAGGGAUAGCACUGGGAAUCCCAGGAGCAGAUUUGUCCCUAUGAGUGCUGCAGCUCCUACCUGCUUGGCCUCAUUACAAGGCCAAAAGAAGUGUGGAGAAAACUGAUUACUGAACUGGUAGGCUGCUUUGGCUAGUAGGGUUGACAUGUAAGAUCCCUGACCUGUGAGCUCAUCCUCCAUGGCUAGUAAAAUAUCUACCAUGGAACAGGGACAGGCUGCCAGUCUCUUACUUUCUGAGAGAGGAGAACCUGCUGCCAACGUCAGAGGUGGAGCACAAGUUACAGGCAAAUUUGAGGGGACGAGGUCUAACCACCACUACUAAUAAUAAUCUGUAAUAAUACUAAUACUACUCUGCCCACCUGGCUGGGUUUUCCCAGCCACUCUGGGUGGCUUCCAUCACAUAUAAAAACAUAAUAAAACAUCAAACAUUAAAAACUUCCUGAUAAAGGGUUGCCUUUAGAUGACUUCUAAAAGUUGUAUAGUUAUUUAUCUCCUCAACAUCUGGUGCGAGGGCGUUCCACAGGGAGGGCACCGCUACUGAGAAGGUCCUCUGGCUGGUUCCAUAGCUUUCAACUCAAACCAAAACUGGCCCAAGCAAUUAUUUUUGUCACACCAGCAGCAUUAUUUGGAAAGCCUAAGCUAAAAACGGAGGGACACAGGUGGCGCUGUGGGUUAAACCACAGAGCCUAGGACUUGCCGAUCAGAAGGUCGGCGGUUCAAAUCCCCGCGAUGGGGUGAGCUCCUGUUUCUUGGUCCCUGCUCCUGCCAACCUAGCAGUUCGAAAGCAUGUCAAAGUGCAAGUAGAUAAAUAGGUACCGCUCCGGCGGGAAGGUAAACGGCGUUUCCGUGCACUGCUCUGGUUCGCCAGAAGCGGCUUAAUCAGGCUGGCCACAUGACCCGGAAGCUGUACGCCGGCUCCCUCAGCCAAUAAAGCGAGAUGAGCACCGCAACCCCAGAGUCGGUCACAACUGGGCCUAAUGGUCGGGGGUCCCUUUACCUCUAAGCUAAAAACAAACCUGUUUGCUCCCUUAUUCAUCUCUGUUGUUGGUUCUCCCCACUGUGACCAUGAGGACUAUAGGCUUUCAUUGAUGCAUACUGAAAUCUGUGAUUCUCGUGGUUUUUACGUUAGCUGGUUUAGUGCUGGAAUGGCAAAGCUGCAGAAAAGUUAUAAUAAUAAUUUUAAAAACUAUGAAUUCAGCCUAGAUUGGGUGGCUACUGUCUGCCAGAGUUACCCUGGAGACUGCCAGUCACAGCAGACGGUAUUGGGCCCCAAUGGACUAAUGGUCUGACUCAGUUUGAGGCAGUUUCCGGUGCUUGUAACUAGUACAACCUGCUGAAGACUAGAACUCGCAGCUGCUGAAGAAUGUAACUCAGCACGUGAGUUAACCUCUGUACUCUUUGCAAGCUUCUUAGUCCGCAAACGUUGUGCAAUGUUUCGUUAUUUGGAAAUGGUAUCUAUGAGCUAAGCAUUGCUCAUUGGUUCUCCUUCACCCCUGUGCCUGUCGCUUAGUGUGCACACACAACUAGGUUUUCCAUAAUUGCAGGUCUAGUCAGUCUUAAUUGUACCUGUUUUAACGGCAGGAAGGCUGGGUGUUGUGGGGGGCGGGGAGACACAAAUUGACUUUUUAAACCAGAAGUGGGGAUCCAGAUGUCCCUGACCGUUGGCCAUGCUGGCUAAAGGGGCUGGUGGGAGCUGCUCUUGCUAAUUUAUUUACCACAUUUUCUCCAAGUUUAUACUCGGAGCAGUUUACAAUGAAAUAACAGACCAAAACAAUGCCACAAUAACCACAAUGCACACAAUUAAAAUUAUAAUACAAUUUACAACACCAAAUGAACAGUUCAGUAAUGACCAAUUAUUGUUGAUUCAGUUAAAAUGCAUCCAGAAAAUGAAACCUUAAAUGACACCAACAGGCCAGUUAAUACAGCCCCCAGUGUAUUACAAUACAAAGCUGAUGAAAGUGGGAACUACAAGAGUCAGAUUUCUCUUCAACAGAUAUAUUCACGAAAGGGAGCACCAUGGAUGGCGUUGCCAAUUCUUGUGGGUAGCCUUGCAAGAUCGCUGAGCCAAGUUGUAGUUCAACAAGAGCUGGAGUGCCUCACGUUCCCCCUCCUGCGUUUGGGGCUGCAGCUCAGCUGCUGAGGACAGGCGUUGCACGCAAAAGGUCCCCUGUUCCGUCCCUGCUGCCUCCAGCUAAAAGGAUCUCCAGUUCUGAGAAAGGGUCCCUCUUGGGAGAGCCACUGGCAUGAGAAUUGGACAGCAGGCAACUAGAUGGACAAGCGUCCAGAACUAGCAUUCGCUUGUAGCUGCUCAGGCUGACUGAAAGCUGUGAUGAGGCCUGGUCUGGCUUUGGGCAGAUCCACACCAUACAUUUAAAGCAUACCCCAGACUUCCGGGGUGGCGCCUCCGGAAAAUGGCGGAAUUCCCUUCGGACUGAAGGGAACCCGCUACACGGAGGCUUGGGUCCUGCCGCUACGGCGCAGCGGGGACCCGCAAAAACCACAGGCGGAAGAAGCCUGUGGACGUGGGACUCGGCGGGCACCGAGAGCGCUCUCUCCCCUUGUACAGGAGCCCGGUAGCGGGCUCCGGAGUGGAGGUGCGUGGUGCUGUGAGUCGUCUGCUUCCUCCGUGCAGCAAAGCCGCACUGCCGUUAUCGGAGAGCGCUGCCUUUUCCUGGACAAUUUGGCAUCUAAAACAUCUAUCCGUGAGUACCUGAUCUUGGAAGAGCUGAACCACUUUUAAGACUGGUGAAUAAACAAAUAAUAUUGGACUUGAAAUUGAACUUAAUUGGGACUCGGAAUGGGAAGGUCUAAACAGGAAGUCGCCUUCCGUUCUUUUGUUAUGUGAAGAAAGCAAAGACAAAAUAUACUAAAGCUUGAAAAUUAAAUUCUAAGAGAACUAGAAUUCAACAUCUAAGAUUUCUAGAACCCCCUUUGACUGCAGGAGAAGAAGGGGGGUUGUAUUUGGUCUUUUCAAUCCUGCGGAAGUGAGUUUAAAAUAAAGCAAUUUUCCACCGCCCUGAACCAGGAGCGGGCUGUCAGAAUUGACGUUCUGAAGUUUAUCCAGCUCGACAGUUAGUUAAAAGAAGGGUAACAUUCUGAUUCUACUGUUGCCUCUUGAAUUUGGAAGGGGGAAUUUUGGAUAAAGUGUUUCUGGAAAAAGAAAGAUUGUUGCUGUUGCUCUUAUUCCUUUAAAAAAAAAAAUUCCAUCUAGUGGAAUUUAGUGAAAUUGCAACGCAGAGAGAUUAAAGAGAAGGACUAUUGGACUAUUCUCGUGGGAAAGAAUUUUCUUUGACCUUGAAGGACAAUGCUAGUACAAAGGCUUGAACAACUGUUCCUGGAAGGUUUUUCAAAACUAAGUGCCCAGCUGGACCAGAUGCGUCAGGAGACGACCUUGAUGAUGGAAGUUACCAGAGCACAGCAGCAAACAAAUGAAAUUCAGUUAAAGGCUAUACAAGCAUAUGAACCUGCUGUAGUGAUGGAGGCUUCAGAGAUGGAGGGACCUUUGGACGGGCAAGAUCAGCCUUUGAACUUGAUAAAUGAACUUAGGACAAACCAGAUUCGGAAAGAUGAAAUGUGGUCAGAUUUGGAAAUGGGGGGAUGGAUCGACCCCCCUCCAUAUGGUUAUUUGGACCUUCCGAGUCUGGUGAUGGGCUAUCAGAAGAUUGGAGUAGCCGAAGUCUCCAAGCUUUGCGGAAAUUUGAAGUGGUAUUAUUUGCUGUCUGGCUUGGGCAAUGGGUUUGGGAUGGACUUGUUGCAAAGGGUCAAAAGCAUUUUCUUGUUGGAGCAUCCACGACUGGAAAGGAAUCAUCAACAAGAGUGGCGAAAGGGGCAAGAAAGAGACUUGAGGGCCUCGGAUACGAGACAACCAGGUUAAGGAGCCGGACUAUCGAGGCUAAAAGGACUGACAAUCCCGGGUCCAGGGAGGGGAGGUUGGAAGCUGACUGGACUGAAUUUGACUUAUUAUUUUUCCUUUUUAUUUUUUAAUAUUGGGAAUGCUUACAAAUGUUUGAAGGAUGUUGAAUGAAAUUACAUGGCUUAAGUAAGGAUUGGUAAAUGAUUCGUAAAAAGGUAAUGAUGCAAGAAUUUGGUAAAUAUUGAAUAUAAGCUAUGAAUUUUAAAGUUUUUAUAUGACAAGAGGGAAAAUAGAAUAAGGAAACGUAAUGACAGAUUGUUAUGAAAAAACAGAAAGGAUUUGCUGUAGAAAUUAAAAAUUAAGAAACAAAAGAGGGAGGAGGAGGAAGUCUAGAAAGGAAGUCAAUAGAGAUUGUAAAGGACUUUAUAUUUUUGUUUUUCUGUUUCUCCUUUUUUUUUUUUUUUUGCGGCUGGGUUUUCUUUUCUUUUUUGUUUAUGUACUAUUUUUGUUUUUUGUAUCCUUAAAUUUUUUUUCUUUUUUUUGGAAAUUUUUGUUGUUAUUUUUUGAAAAUUCAAUAAAUAUCAAUUAUAAAAAAAAAAAAAAAAAAAUAAAGCACACCCCAGACACAUUUAAAGGAUAUGACUUCUGCCAAAGAAUCAUGGGAACUAUAGUUUCCCACCUCACAGAUACAGUUCCCGGCACCCUUAGCAACCGAAGGAUCCCAGGAUUAUAGAAUCAUAGAAUUGUAGAGUUGGAAGGGACCCUGAGGAUCAUCUAGUCCAAACCCCCUGCAAUGCAGGAAUAUACAGCUGUCCCAGACGGGGAUCGAACCUGCAACCUUGGCAUUAUUGGCAUUGUGCUCCAACCAACUGAGCUGUCCAGGCUUUAAAAGUGUGGUGUGGAUCAGCUUGGAAAAGUUUGAAUGGCACUGCGGGAAAUUUUUAAAAACAGCAAGACAAAACAGACUUAUUUACACCCUCAUUCUUUCUGUUGAACUUUGAGUUGGUGAUCAGAAAGGAAAUGAGGUCACGUUGAAGGAAGUAUCCUUUUCUUUUAUUUGCAAUCAGGAAGGCUAAAUGAGUUUGCCACCUGCGAACCAGAAAUACCAGUUUAGUUUUGAAAACAAAGCAAUUACAUCCUUGCUUCGUGACUGCAUCACCACUGUGGUUCUGAGCUGCUUCUGAGUCACUUCCUUUCCCUGGGUUGGCUUGGGAGAGCAGGGUGGGCGGACACAUUGGCAUCUCGGAAGCUGUUGCCGGCUGGCAAGGAGAGUGGGGCUGGCACAAGAUUCUUGGACCUGGGUAACACAUUGCUAAAGAACCGGCCAAGCGUCUGGAUUGUGUUCAUGGAGGAAUAAGUGGCUGUUAGCUUUGAUACUGAUGCAAAGUUUAAGAAGGGACAAAUCGUUAUCCAAAUGAGAAGGUUAAUGCCCAGAUCCUAUUUACCAUAUUUACUUGAAUCUAAUGCUCACUUUUUUUGGCUAAAUUAUGUUGCAAAAAUUUAAGGUACACAUUAGAUUUGAUGUCAUAUUUACAUUCACCAGCAAAUACUUUUUUUUGUUUCACAUUUAUAUCCCACCUCUCCUCCAAGGAGCUAUAUACAGUGGACACUCGGGUUGUGAACGUGAUCCGUGCGGGAAGUUCGCAACCCGCAACGCCGCAUGUGUGCAUGCGUGGGUCGCGAUUUGGCACUUCUGCGUAAGCGCUGAAACCUGGAAGUAACCAGUUCCAGUACUUCCGGGUUUGGCGCGGUGUGCAACCCGAAAUCGCGCAACCUGAAGCGUCUGUAACCCGAGGUAUGACUGUGCAUAGUUAUUCCCCCAGCAUUGUAUUACCACAACAACACUAAAAGGUAAGUUAGGUGUGUACACACACACACACACACACACACACACACACACAGAUUCACCCCGUGAGCUUCAUGGCUUGUCUAAGUGGCAAUUUGAACCCUGGCCUCCAAGGUCCUAAUCCAACACUCCUCCACUGCACCAUGCUGACUCACUUCAUUUGGAUUUUAUUUGAGUUUAGUUGGAUAUAAGUGCCCCUUUUGUGUGUUCUACUUGACUUGUAUGCAAUGCUUUGCCUAGUAUGCCUUCAGCUGGGGACUUUCGAAGUGAGCUUUGGGGUGUCCUGUGGUGCUGUAACAGCAAAUUCGUCUACACAGGGAAGCGUUGCCUGCUCUGUUUGUCUUUGGAGGCUGUGUGCCAGGGAAGGCCAGUUGCCAAGGAGCCACAGCAGGAGAGGGCUUUUGUGCCCCGCUUGUGCGCCUCCAGGCAGCAUCCGGUCGGAAAACAGGGAUGGAGCUAGCUGAACUUACACUAGGAGAGCGUGCUGGAUCAGGCCAGUGGCCAGUCCAGCAUUGUGCUUAUUGUCCCUGCCACAUCCUGUUCUCACAGUGGCCAGCCAGACGCCUGUAGAAACCCGCAAGCAGGAUUCAAGCGUAAGAGCACUUGCUCCUUCUGGGAUUUCGAGCAACUGGUUUUCAGAAGCAGUUCAGCGGAAGGCAGAGCGUAGCCACCUUGGCUGUUAGCCAUCAAUAGCCCUGAAUUCACCCAAUCUUCUUUUAUUAAUAUAUGUUUUUAUUGGUUUUUGAAAAUACAGCUGUAAAAAGAUGCACUGAUCAAUAAAAGGAGAAUAGAAAACCAUAGUUGUAACUGUGUCCAUUAUUCUUUUAAAGCCAUCUAGAUACGGCCUAUACAGCCUAGGACCCUCGUACCUACGGGACUGCCUCUCCCACAGAGGAACUUACGGUCUUCAAAUAAAAACAUCCUGAAGGUCCCGGGCCACAGAGAGGUUAGGCUGGCCUCAACUAGAGCCAGGGCUUUCUCGGCUGUGGCUCCAAUCUGGUGGAACGCUCUGUCACAAGAGACUAGGGCCCUGCAGGACUUGACAUCUUUCCGCAGGGCCUGCAAGACGGAGCUGUUCCACCAGGCCUUUGGUCAGGGCACAGCCUGACUCCCUCCUUUGGCAAUCUUUACAGAACUUUAGCUUAUGGUUGCCAUCAAUUUGAUUUUAAUUAAUGUUUAUAAUGCUUUUAGAAUGUUGCACUAUUUUAUUGUUGUUAGCCACCCUGAGCCCAGCUUCGGCUGAGGAGAGCGGGAUAUAAAUAAAAUUUAUUAUUAUUAUUAUUAUUAUUGGUGGCCACCACUACCUCUGCGUGAAGAAGUGCUUCAUUGUGAUCUGACCCACCAGGGCUCUUUGUAUAUCUUUCCCUAUUCCUUCCACUCCUCCCUCGCUGAGAGACCUAGCAUUCGGAGCCAGUUUGGAAAUAGUUGUGGUACUUUAAGGCUGCUAUAAUCCUAAGUCUUCAUAUUUGCUUUUCAAAUAGUAUUUCAAAGGCUGGAAAGGCCUGGUUGUGUUAGGUGGCAGGGACAAUAAGCACAACACUACUCUGCCUUGCGUGCUGCCCUUGCUGAGCCUCUGAUCUAGCUGUCAUGGAAACCUGCUCAUUAAAGAUACUGAGCAGCAAACAAAGCGUAACUUUAAUAACGAUCAGUGUAUUUGCAUACUCCGUGCACAAUUUGUGUCGCAGUUGAACCACCUUAGUUACGCUCCUGGCACACUUAUUCAACAAUGUACAGUGGUACCUCAGGUUACAUACGCUUCAGGUUACAGACUCCGCUAACACAGAAAUAGUGCUUCAGGUUAAGAACUUUGCUUCAGGAUGAGAACAGAAAUCGUGCUACGGCGGCAGCAGGAGGCCCCAUUAGCUAAAGUGGUGCUUCAGGUUAAGAACAGUUUCAGGUUAAGUACAGACCUCUGGAACGAAUUAAGUACUUAACCCGAGGUACCACUGUAAUGGAAUUUAACACAAAACUGAGGCCUUUUCAGUAUCAUACCAUAUUGUACAAGGGGUCUGGCAACUUUGUUUUCCUCUUAGAGGCCACACUCCCAGGUGUGUGUGUGUGUGUGUGUGUGAUGCUCCUGCUGAUGGACAGAGAGGCUAAAAAUGUCCUGGAUUUUCAGUUUUCUUGAUGCCAGUUUUCUCUGUGACUACCUCAUAUUAGUAGGUGUCUUUGGGGUGAGGUGGUCUUGAUACUUUUAUAUUUACUUUGUGGGAGCCUAUCCUGGCCUAGCUGUUGAAGCAGGACAUGUUUGUUAACGGAUCUUAAGUUUACUACUUUUUUUUUUUAAAGCAAAACACUGGUGUAAGUUUAAUUUCAAAAUUUACUACAGGAUAGCUGCAGAUCAAACUCCUCCAGGAAUAUUUGUUGUUUGGACAUAUAUAUAUAUGUGAAGAAGGGAGGGGUAAAAGAAAAUAAUGCACAAGGCAGUUUGUGUGUUUGCUUUAACAAUCACGUGAACGAAAGUAGAGAUGCAUGUGGGGCCCAGUUUUAAAGUUGAUGCUGAGUGCAUAAGGGGGAAAAACAGCAUCUUCAUUCAAGAUCCUUGUUCUGGGCUGAUGACCUAUCCUGGCAGUGGCUGAGGGCCUAGUUUUAACUGAGUCACCAGCCACAUGGUGGUGGGGUUUUAAACUUAUGUUGUAAUCUGUCUGGAAAGAUGCGCAGGGCCUCCACCACCACCCCACUAGUGGGUGUGGUGGGUUGCUCUGUUUUUCUUUUAUUUGGUGCUAAAUCAAGCUUCAAACUGUUCACUCCUAUAGCUUAAGGGGUCAAUAUAAAUGCUUGCCAGAUGCUGCUUAUUACACAGAGAACAUGAUGGAUCAUGCAUGUGUGUGUCUGCAGAGGGAGGCUGCCUUACUUCCCCUCAGCUGAGAUGCACUGACUGCAAGACCUUCCACAGAAGCAUCUAUAUUAGUAUAUCUAGUCUCUGUGCUGGGAGUGUUUUUUGUUUUUGUUUUAAUUACCCACUCAGCGAGGAGGUUUACUGGUGUGUCUCUGCACAGCCUAUACCUAAGGUGUUGCCUUCUUAAUGACCCAGUUCACACAUUAAUGGUUUGCUGUGAACACACCUCAAGUGGACUGCGUCUUUUCUGCACUUGUGCUGGGAGGAAACAAGCCAUGUUGAUCCCUGCUAGGAAGGGCAAAUAUGUCUAUUUUGGCUUCUCUCACUUCCUCAUUUUUCCAAUAUGAAGUUCAGUUCUCCACAUUUCCACAUCAAUUUGCCAUAACAAAAGAAAGAAGUAUUCAUCAGCAUUUAAGGGUGAAUUUCUCCUAAAAUUACAUUUUUUGCAGAGCAAAUUUCCCCAAUGCAGUUUUGUAUGCCUUUUAAACAAGUAUAUGCAUUUUUUUCACACUUCACCUCAGUAAUAUGCAGUUCUGUACACAUUGCUUGGCUGAGGAAUGGCCUUGCUGAAGUUUGAAAAUAUUGAAGGAUGGUUGUGCUCCAGUUCUUGAAUUUGUUUUGGAAAAUGCAAAUUGCAUUGGAUUGCACAUUACAUUGCAAACUGAAUCAGAUUUCUUCCCCAUCCUUAUCCCUGGUGUAGCGUUGUGUUCCAACCAGGGAGCGUCCUUUUAUUUAUAAAAGUAUUUUUGUACUGCCAUACCAUAAAGUAGAGUGGUGUGCAACAGUAAAACAUAAAACACCAUUAAAAACAAUACAGACCAUCAAGUGACUAGCUAAUUUAAAAAACUGAAAAUUAAAUGGCUACAAAGACCUGUUGGUGUAAAAAGGUCUUCAAGAGCACUUGAAAGUCAAAAGCAGGGUUUGCCUUCUGAAUCUUUGCUGGAAGAAUGUGCCACAAGAUGUAUAUCACUACAAGAACCUUGAACCUGUUUGCUUGUUCUCAGACAAACUGCAGAUGGUAAGUCAGGAACAACCCUUGACUAUAGAUACUGUUUUUGGGGGAGUAAAACAAACCGCAAUCCCUGAUUUCAAGGGAACACAAGGCCAGGGAUUGUGGUUGGUUUUGUCCCAACACAAGGAGGGAAGAAUGAAGUGGGUGCAAUUCAUUUCUGCACAGUAAGCCUUAUCUUAUGGCCUUCUAUGAACAGGCAGAGUCGAGUGCUCUGGAGGGCAGGCAAUGCAGCUGUGUUUCUGGAGCAUAGAUGCACAGGAGCAGAGAAAGCUGCCUUUUGCCCACUGGUCCAUCAAAUCAGAAACUGAGACGGCUUCUCUAAAUCAGGGGCAUCCCUGGAAAAUAGGGACACGUGGAGGGUCUGUGCUGUGGCUCACCAACUGAUGCAGUAGAGAGGCAAGGGAAAUGCUGAGGAUUGACCUGAGAACCCUCCCAAUAUAUAGGUCUAUAGGUUUGCAAGUGGUGGAAUGGCAAGCAUGCCAUUAAGAGGGAGUGCUGUUCAGACCCGCCCUGUGCUGUCUGGCCAUCUACUUCCCCUGGCUUGCAUUACGUCACCUGCUGCCGUGUGGUUCAACAGCUGCCACUUAAGAUAUUCAACACUAGGCAACAAAUCGAGUACAUAUUACUCCGAGGUGGAAAAAGAUCACAGGUGUAGGCAGUUCUUAUUUUUCCAAGGCUAUCUAUUCCUGCAUUUGUGCACCCUAUAACUGACUCUGUUUAUUUGCAGCUUGGAUGAAAAUGCAGAGAACUGCCAAUUGUAGGUUUGUGAAGGUAUUGAGGGGUUCCUAAUAGAAUGACAAAAUGGAAAUGCAUAGGAUUCUUUGCUUCCUAUUUUAUAUAGAUUUUUAGUGGGCUUUAAAUUUUAUUUUUUAAAAACAUAGCAUUUGCUUCCUCCAGUGCUAAGCACGAUACUUAUAUACAGUAUUUAUUUUGAACACUGAUAAUUGACUGUAACAAAGAGAUUAACUGCUUUAUUUAAAGAAAAAUUCACAUUGUGAAGGCCUGUCUAAACAGUGCAGUUUUCAGAAGGCGUGUGAAAGAAGGCAGGGACAGUUCCUAUUGAACCUCUACUGGCAGGGAGUUCCACAGGGCAGGGUUGUCAUUGCAUGUGCCCUACAAAUGAGCUGUUUGGUUCCUCCCCCAAAAUUAACCAGGUCACUCUUCCUCACACAGUAUAUGCUGUUAAAAGGGUUUCAAAUACAGUGGUACCUCGGGUUAAGUACUUAAUUCGUUCUGGAGGUCCGUUCUUAACCUGAAACUGUUCUUAACCUGAAGCACCACGUUAGCUAAUGGGGUCUCCCGCUGCCGCCGCACCGCCAGAGCAUGAUUUCUGUUUCAUCCUGAAGCAAAGUUCUUAACCUGAAGCACUAUUUCUGGGUUAGCGGAGUCUGUAACCUGAAGCGUCUGUAACCUGAAGUGUAUGUAACCCGAGGUACCACUGUAUUUGUUGAAUCCAGAACUUCUGUGUCCAGAUGUUGGACAUCUUGAUGUCUCCAGAAUCUUUAUGAAGGCAGACUAUGAUAGUUACCCAUUAUGAUUACUACAUUUAUAUUCUACCUUUCUCUCAAGAUAUGUGCAUGGUUCUUCCUACUCUCCAUUUUUAUCCUCAUGACAGCCUUGUGAGGUAGGUUAGGCUUGAGAGACCGUGACUAGCCUAAAGUUCCCCAGUGAGUUUUAUGGCUGAAUUGCAACAGGGGUAAACUGACCCUGAAUUUCUUGGUUCUUGUUAGUUGCUGUAGCUUCUAUAGAUGGUUAAAGUUUUAUUGGUUGUGUUUGUUGCAACUCGUUUUUGUGCUUUAUUGUGUAAGAUGCUUUGGGUCACAUUUAUGAGGAAAGUGACUAAUGACUAAUGGUCUGUGGUAGAUUUGUCCUGGAUUGAAUUUCAGUGUUCUAUAAUUUCAGUUUCUGUGGGCGGUGAAUGCUAAUUAACAUCAUCUUGGGUCAUCUCCUUCAGCCACCCAAUUUCACUGGCUCUGGGAAUGUGCUGGUAUCAGUGCGUGAUAUAUUUACAUAUAUUGCUGAAAAGGAGUGAAGGUCAGGUGUUCUGUCUGGGUGAACUGGGAAGUCCAUGAAAGAGAACUCAACCUGAUACUGAAAAUUCAUUUAAAAAUUAGCAUUUCUACAGUAUUCUCUAGUUCUUCAAAGUGCUUUGCAAACAUUUACAGCUGCCCUAUCCUAUCAGCAGUGUUAUCCCUGUUUUAUUUUAUUUGUUUUAAAGAUUUAUAUCCUACCUUUCCCAGAGUGCGACCAUUCCCAGAGUGGCUCACCAAGUAUUAAAAUGAAAAAACCCAACAUUAUAAAAAGCUCCAAAAAUAAAUGGAUCCAAGUUUUAUUUAUUUCAGGUAUUUCUUACAUGCUCUUCACCACAAAGUCCAGGGUGGGUGAUAUUUUAAAAACAAACAAACCCAAUUUAUAAUCAGUAUGAAAGAAUAUGAUCAUACAAUUUUGAAAGAGAGGAGCAGAAGAAACUCAGCCACAGCAGAAUUAAUGUUUUAUUUAUUGGCUGAUGGGCAGCGAGCUAACCCUACUGGGUUGCCUGCAUGACCCAGUUCUGCAUGGGGAACUUCAUCAUGUAGCUGAUCCCUGAAGAAAGCAGAUUUGCUAGCCCUGUGCCCAGUGCUCUGCUUGGAAGGGGACUUUGAUAGGUGGGCAGGAUAACCUACCUUGCAAUCAUCUGGCAGCUUAAUGAUGCCAGGUGAUUGACAGGUGGGUCAUCUCACCCACCUGUCAGAGUUUACCUGUGUGGGGUGGGGUCAGAUAAUAACCUGGCUUUCCAUGCCAAAACGGUUCUCCACCCAUGCUUCACAGCAACUGGAACAAUAUUUUUAAAAUAUUGUUCAGCUGCUUGAAGAGUGGGCACCAUGUCUGCGCCAUAACACACAGGUGUGGUACUUCAACCCAGUGUGCAAUCUUCAAGGGACUGGCACCCAUUGCUUGCUUCUUCUAGACUUGGCUGGGUUGGGAUGGUUGUUGGUAGACCAGCAGGUUUCUCUGCCAGUGUUUGAGGGCGUAUCCAGACUUCCACUUGCCCUCACAAUCAGAAAACCACGGCAAAACCACUUGGACCCGGGCCUAUAAGGAAUGGGACAAGCAGAAAACCACUCAUGGGACAUGUGGAAGUGUGGAUGAGCCCUUGAGUCUGGCAGAAGGUUACCAUGUCCUGCUAAAUUCUCUUACUGUAUUGUUGUUAUUAUUUUCCCAAGGGGCCAUUGAAGUUGACCCUGCUUAAGAGGUUGUGCCAACUGCUUUGAGUUGCACAAGGCUGACAAUCUUGCUAGCCUCUUUAAAGCGUAAUUUCUUAGCAGAGUGCCUUUUUAAGAAUUUAAUAUCACAUAGAAAUGAGAGAGGGGGAGUUUUAUGUGUGCUAGGCCCACCUUGCUUAGGUAAAACUCUGUCACAGGCAGGAUGCGGUGGUGACGUUGUAGAGGAGUGGUUAGCUGAGGAAAUACUUUGGAUUCUGAAAUCGAGUUCUUGGUAAAAUGACAGCUUAAUGAGAAGGUGCCAGAGAUCAAAGGCGGAAGGAGCUUGCUUAAAUUAACCGUCACAACUUUGCCCUAAAUCUGUAGGUGGGGAGUUACCCUUGUGGGCGUUUUUUAUCAUAGGCUGUGUAAAUACUGUUUCGGUUUUUCAUUGUGUUGGCUGAGACUAACCUAUCUUCAAUUUGCAUAACAUUUUUUAAAAAAAGUUAAAACACUCUCAUUUAACAUGGUCAGAUUAAUCUCUACCUCCUCGCUCUUGCACAAAUCUUUGAGGAGAUUCCAGUUUAUUGAUUUAAUAUUUCUGGUAUGUUGAUGUUUUAAUUCAGAUGGCUGUAACCAUUUUUUGUCUUUAUUUUUAUGCCAGUAGUUUGGCUUAUGAAUUGCUUCUUGUUUUUACAGUGUUACCUGCCUUUGAUUUUCUUCUGAGUUUUAUUAUUAUUAUUAUUUGCAUUUUUUAUUAUUAAGGAAGCAUGAUAUGUUUUGAAAACAAAUGGUCAACUUUUCCAAGUAUUGUUCAAAGUUUUGCUAUGCUUUCUACAUAUUUGCUACCUCAAACCUAGAGGCGCACCUUAUAAAACAAAUAAGCAGUCGCUAAAUUUCCCUAAGCAAAGUAGCUGGCCCUUUCUAGGUCCAAGAUGGUGGAAGGAGGGAUCCUGGCCCAGCUGAGGCACUGGCUCUGCUGGGAUGUUACACCCAUUGCCCCAUUCUUACAUUCGGUGAACACGUCUGGGUCUGCAACAGGAUUACAGCAGCAAUCCCUACGCCCCCCCACGUGUUCAUUUUGAUGGUAUAUAUUGAAAGUGGGGGACUUUUUUUUCACCCGAGGGCCACAAUCCCUUCUAGAGAACCUUCUGAGGGGCCACAUGCCAGCGGUGGGUGGGGCAGAGGCAAAAGUGAGCAGAGCAGCAGGUGUGAAUUUUGCAUUUUGUUCAGUCAGCCAGUUUCUACUCAGGACCCCCAUGCCCUUGGUCCUCCAUCCAUUCAAGCAAGCAAGCAAGCAAGAGACAUUCCUGUUGCUCAAGGACACAUUCCAGGCAGGCACAAACAGUCAGGGAGGGUGUGAAGCAGGGCUGGUAAGAGGCAUGGCCAGAGAAGGGGGGAAGAGUCCAAGGGGCCAGAUAAAGAUACUUCGGGGGCCACUUUUGCUUCUGGUUCCCCAUGCCUGGUAUGAACAGGAUUCCCGUGAGAAGGAGUGCAAUGCAGGGCUUUCGCCACACAAUUGGGGAACCUACUGUUCCAGGGUUUCUGAUCCUGUGGAGAGAACCCUGCGGUCAUGUAAAGAUGAGUGCAGAGAGGUGGCCCAUGGCGGUUGGGGGGCUGCCACAACUCCCCUCUCACAUUUAUUGAAUGUACGAAAGGGUGAAUAUUGGCAUUCACCCUUAUUGAUCCAUGAGGCAAUAAAUAAUGUUGAAAUAUCAAUCUGGCGAGGAAAUAAUUGUAUGUAAAACUUCUAAGAAUUCAAAUUCCCUCUGAAUGUGGAAACAGAGUGUUCCAGAAGUUUCCCCACAAACCUUGUUCUAACUCUACUUAAUAGACAAGAUAUUAAUAAUGAGCGCCAUGACAGAAGUUUAUGUCAAGUCAAGCCAAGAACUCACUCUCCCUCGCUCUGCUUUGACAACCAGAGCAACAAAUGGCAGUUUGCACUAACAAUGUGUAAGAGCGUGUCUAAGAUGACUCUGUCAGGAAUGGAUAUAUAAUGCCUUUUUUUUGCUACUGACCUGUGGAAAUGUUGCAGGUUAAGAAGACAGGACAAUUAGUCAUAUAUAGCUCUCCAAAGAGACAUCUUCAUUCAUUUAUACAGUUCAGCUGCAGGGCUAGUUCUUGGAAUCUAAAUGAAUUGGUGCGACAAUGGACUUCUGUAUGAAACGAGGUCAGGCCUGGAGCGAUUGAAAGGGAGCCCCUCUGCCUAGUCCUGCCCGUGACGGAGAAACGUCCACAGAAGGCAAUCAUUUUUGGAGAGCUUUCAGAUAAAUGCUCAUCCAAAAUCUGAUGGCUGAAUUGCACCUUUUAAAUAUCUCAGGAUGUGUGCCGACAGCGAAUUCUGUAAAUUAAUCACAUGCUGUGUGAAGAUGGCUGCCCCGAAUCUCAUGCCAUUCAGCUUAUUUGGAUGACCUCAAGUUGUAGUGUAAUGAGAGAGAAGAAGAAUAAAUUCUCUCCACCAUAGCUGUCAACUUUUCCCUUUUCUUGCAAGGAAUCCUAUUUGGAAUAAGAGAAUUUCCCUUAAAAAAAGGAAAACGUUGACAGCUAUGCUCUCCACCUAAAGCAUGCAUAAAUUCUAUAAACCUCUUUCAUGGCGCAUCGUUACUUAGCAUCCUUUUUAGAAACGAACACCACCACUGCAAACAUUUUAGUCUUUCCUGUAGUCCUACUGUUGACACUGAAUUUUAAGGUUACAGUGACCCUGGGGAGGAUAUUCUAGUAUCAGUUACUCCCGUCUUGUUCUUGGUUCAUGAAUGUUUUAAGAUGGCUGCUGCAGCUGCUUCGACUUUUUGCAACAAUAUUGUGAGAGUCCUGUCCUUAUGGUAGAAAACAGGAUUCUGCAUAUUAUUAUUUUUUUAAAGAGCUUAAUAGGAAAAAUAUCCUGAUGCAGGGAUAAUGUUUUGGACGUGGUCCAUAGAAAUCUGGGUUUAAAUCCUCACCCAGCCAGGUAUCUUGCUGGAUUAUGUUGGGACAGUCACCUUCUCUUGGUCUAAACUCAAGCAGUGAUAGAGCCAUAUGACUCUCUCAGGGCAGGGAGUUCCUUAGGCAGAGGAACCCUGUUAAUACCUGAAGGGAUAGAAAGAAAGCGUAUCUGUGGUUGAUCUCAAUUUAUCUCAGUGUUUUCAUAAAUAAAUAAAAUGUCACUUGCAGUGGUGCUUAGAAUGGAGUGAGACAUUUUGUGUGUCUGUGUGAGAUAAUGGGGACGGGGCAGCAGUCCCACAUGUCAGAUGAACAUAAUCUCAAAAUCCUCUGCUUUCAUUUAACCAAAGUUUCUAGCAUUUGUAGAACCAGAGAUGUGAAGCAAAAUGUUCUCAUUUUGCUGUGAGAACAUAGCUUGCUCUCCCGUUCAGUGUUUUAUCCCCACCCCACUCCCAGAGGCAGGGGGAUUCUGAAGAUGCUUUAAUGACCGGUUAGGUAAAAAUCUGCCCUGAUGAACAUGGCUCGGGUGGUAAUUCUGUCUCGGUGGGGGAUGCACCCCAUGAGACCAGCUUGAAAGAUUAUUUUUGGCACACAGAUCUUUGUUAGAAAUGUUUCCUGAAUUGUGGCCACAAAUCUUGUCACCAAGUGUGUGGUUUUGAGACUAGUAGAGGUUUUUUUUUAAAAAAAAGAGGUGUUCUGGUGUUGCUCAGCAAUAGAAUACAGAAGGAGACCUGCUGGAUCAGACUUAAAGGCUCAUCUAGAGCCCAGCAUCCCAUUUUCUACUGUGGCCAAGCAGGACACGAGCUCAGGAGCCCUUGCCUGCCUUUCCCCCACAAAAGGCCUUAGGCUGGGGGUGGUACUCGGCCAUUUGGACUAGUACCCAGGAGUAGAUGCCAGCUUUCAUUCUUGUAAAUGCAAAUGUUUUCAUAUAGACUGCAACCCUUUGAGAGUCAAGGCAUCUCCUUGAUUCUGUGUCCAUGUAUACUUUGAGCAUUACAGUUUUCUCUGCAAGCAUGAAGCCUAGAAAGCUAUUUUUUAAAAAAAUAGAGGGAAGAGUUACAUUUAUUCUGCUCUGAGGUAUUUUCCCUGGAUGUAAUUUACCGGAAUAAGAUUUUUUAAAGUCCUAUGUUAACCUUUGCAGUGCGAAGAAUGAUUUUUGUGUGUCGUGUAUCCUGCCCUUUCCCCCAGGGAGAUAUAACCAAUGUAUGUGGGAAUAUCUCAUUUUAUUUUUCUUGCAGCAACCCUGUGGGAUUAAUUUAGAAGGAGAGUGAGUGGCUCUAACGUCACUUAAAUCAAGAUUUGUGAUGGAGCUAAGAUUUGAAUUUGGGUCCAAGCCCAACAUGCUAAUAAUUAUGACAGAAUGGCAAAUAUGCUUGGGUGUAUUUUUUCUUCUAAUUCAGAAAUGGGAAUAUUUUGAGCACAGGACCAUUGAAUUCAUGCUUAACUAUUCUGAAUGGUGCUGCCUCCCCCCACCCCAAGUCUUAUCAAAAAGCUCCAUCUGUUCUUGUAUUUCCUUGGGUUAAAUUCACAAACAUACCUGCUGCCUGAUUUUCCAGUUCAGCCAGGAUAAGUAUUUCGAUUCAAAAUUCACACAUCGAAACAUUGACAUGAGAAACUAAGAUUCGUACAGUGUGAGAGUGAAGAGCAGAAAAUAGUGUGUAUGGGUGUUCUCUUUCAUCAGCGGGCUACAGUUGAAAGGCAAUUUGUCAUCCAAGAGCUGGAGAAGGACCUUUUUGUCUCCAAACCUUGCUCAGGGGCUCACAGAAGUACAACACGUGGCUGCCUAGUGCUGGAAACAGGAUGUUGGGGAGUGUGGGGUGAUCAUCGAGCUCAGUGGGCUUCACACUCUCUUUUGGGGAACUCUGGGGUUCCUCAGAACAUUCUUGGGCAUACCUCAGAUAGAUGAUCAGUAACAGCAGAUAAGCCUCACUGGAAGAUUGGUCAUCCCUACCUGUCUAGUUGUGACAGUAUCGCCAUAAAAUUCAUUUCUGAUGUUGUUGGACUACCUCUUCCAUCAUCCUUGCAUAUUGGCUAUCCUGGCUGGAGCUGACAGGGAUUGGAGUCAAGAAACACCUUACGUUUCCCACCCCUGAUUUAUUGGGGUGGCUUACUGACAAUUUUGAUAUAUUCAGUGCUUUUUGUGGUAAAAAAUGAGCUCCCGGUACUUAUAUAUUGAUAAGAGGCUUGUGUACUAGCACAAAAUGGCUGCCAUGCGCAGCUGAUGAAAGGUGCCAGGACUCUGUACCAGUGAGUACUGUCACCAAAAAGCCAUUUAUACAUUUUAUUUUAAAUGUAGGAAUCCUGUGGGAUUGUGCACUUAGUCAUAGUGUUCUCGUCAUUGUUACUAGUUGAUAAUUAGAUUCCAUAUAACUUAUCAUUGUAUUUGCUAGAAAUGUAAACAUCAGUGCUAUUCUUAAUACUGGCUUUCUCUCCCCUUCCCAGGCUAUGAGCAUCAGCAAAGCAAUCAACACUCUGGAAGCACCAGUCAAAGAGAAACAUGCCCGCAGUAUCCUUUUUUCCUACCACAUCACUUGUUCGCUUGGCUUCCUUAAGUUAAAUUUGUUAUUAGUGCUAUUUAAUAAUAACACUAAUUUAAUAAAGUAUUAAAUUUUGUAAAGUACACUUAAGUACAAAUUUAUUAAAGUAGACAUUUAAUAAAGUACACAUUCAGUAACAAAUAUACUAUCUGGUGGUUUACAGAGUAACUUCCAAAAAUGACAGACCAGUGUCUCAUUUCCUCCUCUUCCUCUGUAAUAUGUAAUGCCUCAUGUUCUGGGUGCCAUUUGCUGUGAGUUUUUUCCACUUACAUAUCAGAAGAUGAGGUAAACCAAAGAGUGUAUCACAAGAGGAAAACUCAGCAAUGCUAAAAAUCAAAUCCAUAAAAACUGUUGAAAACAAACAUAUUUCUAUCAAAUUUUGGUGAAUACAGAAUACAGGAUUACUUAUGAUGUUCUUUAUUUAGAAGACAAUCCUUCAUUGAUUUGGUGAUGUUCAGAGCAGUGACUCAAAAGCUGUGGUAGAAAUUAAGAUAAAUAUUACAUAUUUAUUACAUUUAUACCCUGCCUUUCCUUCAACACUUAAAUGUUUCUAAGUGCUUCUGGGGCUGUUUUUCCAUUGUUGGUGAUGGGAAAAUCUCUUAGGAGGCUGGCCAUGUUUCGUUGUCCUUCCUCCCUGCCCCCUUAAACACCUUGAAUUUCAAACUGCCCUUGACUCCUAUGAAGGAAUUAUUCUGGGGACUCAUCAUGAGAAAGGAGCAUUUACUUUUUGGUCAUACGCAAUUGGUCUCCCUUUGCCCAGCAGCGCCAUCCUCAGCUGGAAGUUUUGCCACGUUCUCCACAAAGUCCUCCGCGAUGGGCAUCCAAAUGUAAGUUUGCUGGCCUCCUUCCAUUCAACCAGUGUGCAAAAGACCUUUGACGGAAGAGAAGAGGCAAUAUACUUUAAACUGUACACGUAGCUGACAUUCUAGGUGGGACAGUGUGUACACUGUGAUUGAGAAAACAACAGAAACUAUGUCCAGAAAAUAUUCACCCCAAUAGCUUGAUGGUGUGACAAGAAAAGCUGGAUUUUGCAACCUCUGUCAAUUAUUAUGACCUGUCACUGCCCUUAAGCUUGUUAAGUGUAUAUGUUAGUUAAGUGUAUAUGUUGAGAUCAGCCCUCCAGAUGUCCAAACAAGAUUCCACAUGAGGUGGGUGCUUUUAGGAACCAUGUUCAGAUUCAGCCAGACCAAUGCAUAAUACAGUGGGUGUUUAUCCUUCAAGCUCGAAGUAUAUAAGUCCAUAAAGGCUCGCAAAAUCCUCUUUUCUGCUGUUAGUCCCUGUACUAUGGGAAUAUAAUUUAAAAGUACAUGAAUCUGUAAAUAUCAAGAAUAUUGCCAGCACUAAAUUGAUACAGACAACAACUUCAGAUGCUGAAGACUAGAUCAUUGGAGAAGUCCAUAUCAUAGAAUCAUAGAGUUGGAAGAGACCACAAGGGCCAUCGAGUCCAACCCCCUGCCAAGCAGGAAACACCAUCAGAGCACUCCUGACAUAUGGUUGUCAAGCCUCUGCUUAAAGACCUCCAAAGAAGGAGACUCCACCACACUCCUUGGCAGCAAAUUCCACUGUCAAACAGCUCUUACUGUCAGGAAGUUCUUCCUAAUGUUUAGGUGGAAUCUUCUUUCUUGUAGUUUGGAUCCAUUGCUCUGUGUCCGCUUCUCUGGAGCAGCAGAAAACAACCUUUCUCCCUCCUCUAUGUGACAUCCUUUUAUAUAUUUGAACAUGGCUCAAUUAGACCUUUUCUGCCUUAUACCUCCAACAUCUAUCUGUAUGAGGUGUUGCCUUCUUACAAAGGCCUUGUAGAGUUUUGUAUACAUGAAACAUUAAUUUUUGCUGGGUCAAUCUCAGUUUCAAACCUAAAGAAACAUUAUUUGUGGUCCCUAAAGCAGUUUUCCAUCCUCUGGGUUGUAUGAUACAGUCUAAUUCCUGUUCCACAUCUCUCUAACCCUAUUGGUUGCCUGUAGGUAUUAGGCAGGUGCCUUUGCUGUAGUGUUUCCAAUGCCUGCUAAAACCGUUUUGCUUUUGUUUAGCGUACUCAGACAUGUAAUUUCAUCAUGUACAUUCAUUUUCAAAAUCUGUUUAUUUUUACCUGUAUUUUGAUAAUGUUAUUUAAUCUACUGUUUUUAAAGUCUGUUUUGCUAUUUUUAAUGAAUAUUCUAUUUCAUGUAAACUGCUUAGAUUUUUUUUAUUAAGUGUUCUAUAAAUCUUGUAAAAAAUAAAAAUAAAUUAAUUAAGCCUGGUUGACCUUUUAUAGAAGAAUAGACAGGGAUCAGUAUAAUAUCCUUUGGAAAACAGGUUCUGAAUUUCUGAUGUGGCCAAUUUUCUUGUGCUUCUAAGUUUUCUUCACACACUGUCUUCUCUAGGUUCUUCAAGAUUGUCAGCGAUAUCGAAGUAACAUCCGAGAAACUGGAGACCUCUGGGUGAGUUACAGAAAUGUGCUUCCAGCUGGAUGCUCCAACUUUGAAUUUUAUACUGGAUUGAGAACACUUUCUUCAAAUGUUGUCCUGGAUAUAGAACAAAGAUCCCUGGUCAGCAACUAUGCCUGGUCUGCCCUGUUGGGGGUUAUUUUGAACUGGAAGUGUGGAAUUGGCGGGGGGGGGGGCGGCGGCACAAGGCUACCUUCCAUCUUUCUCCGAAGACCAGGUGCUGCUGAUCUAUAGUCUUAUCGUGGCUUUUAAAGUUUCCAAGGGGAGCGGGGUAAAUGUCAUUUUCCAAGAGACAGAUUUUGUUUUGAGGCUAUCAAUUGCUGAUCUAAGCCAGUGGAGUUAGAGAGCCAAUGUGGUUUAUUGCUUAGAUUGCUAGAUUAGAACUUGGGAGACCAGGGUUCAAAGUUGUCACACAGCAACAAAGCUCACUGGAUCACCUUUGGUCAGCCGCCAUCUUUCAGCUUCACUUCAAGCUUGUUGUUGGGUGGGGAAAACUGUGUACAGCAACCCUGAGCUCCCUGGAGAAAAGGUGGGAUAUAAAUGUAAAAAUAAACAAAUAAACCUGACUCCCCCCCCCCAUCCCUUUUAAUGAAACGUUUAUUUUUCCUUGUUAGGGCCACCUACAUGAUCGAUACGGCCAGCUCGUAAACAUUUAUACCAAACUUUUGCUCACCAAAAUUUCCUUCCAUCUAAAGGUAACUUCUGUUUAUGCAGCUCCUGCACACCUUAUCUUCUCAGCGGUUUUUUCUGUAGGGUUGCUACUCUCCAGUUUGUGGGAAGGGGCUCAUCUAGUUUCAACCCCAAGAGCUGCAUCCCAGCAGGGGCAUUAUGGGAGUUCCCUCCCACUGCCUGUUUCUCCCUCCUGUCAAGCGGGAAAGAUUAUUGUAGCUGCCUGCAGUGGACCUCCACAAGGAAAUUAGUCUGACUUACGAGGGUUGAAAGGCGUGCCGACCUGCCUUAAACUGUGGUUGUCUCCCAGCUGGGAUUCUGCUUAGGGUCCCUCCAGACUGGUGUUUCAUUGUGGACGUACUCGGCAAACAUGUUAUUGACAGAAUAAUAGUGCAUUAGUAGUAGAUUUAUUUUGCUUUGUUAGUAGUUCUGUGAUGCUUCCCCAAUGCUACCACAUUAUUGCUGUUCAGAGGGGCUGUAAGCACAACUUUUGCAGGAAAUUACAGGAUAUGUACUUCUUUAGAGAUGAAGCAUCUUUUCUUCAGAUGCAGCUUGAAUGCUCAAUGAAAAGGAUGUCUGGAGGGGCUGUAAACUGUGUUGGGUUAGGUAACUAGUACUGAAAAUCUGGUAAACUUGAGAUUCUUCCUAGCUCAGCUCAGCAUUCCACUUACCGCUUGUAGCCACUGCCCUGCCGGAUGGCACCUUAGCCCUGGCCUCCACCCCAUUACCUUUCUGGAGAGAAGCAGUGUUUUCAAUGUUUUGGCUGAAUCACAUUGUUUAGUUCAUGUUACAGGUAACUACAUAAUACUCAUUCCACAGUUGUAAGAAAAUAUUUUAGUAAGACUGCACCUACACUUUGGAACUCCCUGCCUGUUGACAUCAGGCAGGUGCCUUUGCUGUAUUCUUUUCACUAUUCUUUUUGUUUAGGAACCCUAUCCUCAUCCUAUCCAGACAUGUAGAUGUCAACAUGCUUUAAUCUAUUUUAACGUUAAUUAAUUUUAAAUGUUAAAUGUUCUUAAUUGAUUUUAACAUCUUUUUAUUGAGAAUUUAAAUAUUUAUUAUAAACUGCAUAAAUGUUUUACUACAAUCAAGUGGUAUAUAAUUUUUUAAAAUUUAAUUUAAUAUGUAGCCCUGAACUGUCCACUCUUACAACCACAUCCUAUUGUAAGAUAUUUUUCUGGGCAUGAGAAUUAACCUAAUGUGUGAAUGCACUGGGGACAUGUGGGCAAAACAAGGAAAGCUGCCUUAUACUAAGGGUUUAUCUACACUUACCUUUCCUCUGUGCAUUUUAAAGCCCUGUGUCUGAGUGCCUUUUUUGUUUACUCUGGAGGUUUCCCCGCAGUAACCUGCUCUUUAAAGCUGAAUUGAAGCAAAUGGCAAUCUGGGGAAAACUUGAAUUGCUGUUUGUUGCACCUCAGCUUUAAAGAGUGGGCUUUUGAAGGGAAAGCUCUGGGAAAAGAGAAAAGGGUGCUCAGACACGGAGCUUCAAGGCACAGACCGUGCCUGGAAAGAACAGGAUAAAAGAGAAGUGUGUGAGUCAUACCAUUUGGUUCAUCUAGCACAGUAUUGUCUACAGCGACUGGCUGUGGCUCUAGAAGGUUUCAGGGAGGGUCCUCUUCCAGUUCUACCUGGAGAUGCCAGGGAUUGAACCUGGGACUUUCUGCAAGCAAGGCAGGUGCUCUCCCACUCUUUCUGUGUCUCUUUGUCUCUCUUUGGGUUUGGUUAUGGCAAGGCAGCCAUCUCCUAGUGAAUGGAUGCCAAUUCUUAUUUUUUCUCCUCCAAAGCACCCCGAAUUCCCCCCAGGCCUGGAAGUGACUGACGAAGUGCUAGAAAAGGCUGCGGGAACAGAUGUGAAUAACAUGUAAGUUUCCCCUGCCCACCCAGUCCCCCACCUUUCUGGUUACUUGACAUCUUCCACAAAGCAUAAUGGCUGCCUUUGUUCCCUGGGUACAAGUGGAGUGUCCCAAGUGUGAAAUGUACCUCAUUAAAGAUGCUUUGGAUAGAAGCCCAAGUAGCUCCUUGGCUGCCUAGUUCUGAUAUUAACUGAUCCUGCCAGAUCAGUGUUGCCUAAACUUCCGAAACCUAGAUUACAAUUUUGUGUUGUUCUCAUUCUUCUGGAUUAAAACUAGAGGCACAGUUUUGCUCUUGCACUCAACAAGAUCUGUCUAUGUUCUCAGUCAGCACCUGGAAUGUUGAGCAAGCCUCUUUCUUGCAGCUGUGGGACAGCCCAGUUAAUAAUAUCUCUUGGCAUUUCACACUCCCCUUUAGUCUAGGUUCCCAGGAAUGGGACCGUGUUUUCUUGGCCAUGGGAUGCUUCAGAGAUUCCCCCAUGCCUACCAGCUGAAAUGUAGGCAACAUCCAGGAAUCACUCUGGGUUGAUUCAGAUGUAAUGCCAAACCAUGGCUUGCUCUAUCCAUUGUGUAGACUCCAAGCUGUGACUUUGUGUCUUCCCCAAUGCACAGGAAAACCAUGGAUUGUGAGGUUUGUGUGGCUCAGCCAUGCUGGCUAGGGCUGAUGGGAGUCCAUCAUCACCUGGAGGAGACAAAAGAUUUUAAAAAACAUGGUAUACCAUUUCUGAAAAGGCAGGCUAAUGGCAGGAUAUUUUGACAGUCGAUGGUCCUUGUUUUAUGUCUCUCAUUUAAAAAAUACUUUUUUUUGUAGCUUUCAGCUCACAGUUGAGAUGUUUGAUUACAUGGAUUGUGAACUCAAACUGGCAGAAUCAGGUAAGAUGACUUCAGUUCCUUCCUUUGUUUCCAACUUUCUUUCUCUCUUUUUGCUCAUAAAAUUGCGUGUGCUCCAGGAUUGUCAACAGUGCCCCCACUCAAAAGUUCUGGCUUACUCCUAUGAUUGUAACAGCAGCAGCUGCAGAAAGUGAGAGUCAGAGCUUUCCACAACACAGCCAUAGGCAUUAUUUGUGAAUCAAACGGGUGCUAAAAGUACAGGAGCAAGACAGACUAGUAGUUCUCUUUUUUUUGAUAGGUUGGCAGCCCUUAGCAUAUUUUAGUGUAUGUUAGUGUAAUUCCAGAGUUACAUAUUCUUCACAAAGACAGUCUGAAUUCAGCAACCUGUGUAAAUUACACAUGCUUUUGGAACCCUCCCUCUCCUACAAAACCCCUCAGACGUCUGUCUUUGUCAGCUUCGCUUCAAUUCUCCAAUAAACAGAGGCAGAGCGCUGGUCUCUGCCCCACCUUGGCUUUGCUGGUUUGUGGCUACCAGCCAACAAAUGUGUUAAUACUCCUUUAGAAAUUUAUUAUUAUUCUCAUUAUUACUAUUAUUAUCACUCAAAGUACAACUCAGGACUUACCCACACUAACUUUUUGCUUUGCUCUUUCUAGAUAGAGGUCUGCACUUUAGCGCUUUGUGUCCAAGUGUGUGUGUGUGUUCUUUUUGCCCUAAGCUUUUACAACAAAAACACUCUCUUUGAAGCUGAAUUGGAGCAAAUGUCAAUUCAGGUUUUCCACAGCUUAACGUUUGCUCCAAUUGAGCUUUAAAAAGUGGAUUUUCAUAGGGAAAGCUCUGAAGCAAAAAAGAAAAGAAAAAAGGUGCUUGGAUAUGGAGUUUUAAAUAAUGAACCAUGCCUGGAAAGAGCAAAGAUAAGAGUGGAUGUGUCCUCUGUUGGCCCAGAACCUACAGUAUUUAUGUUCAGACAGGUUCAGAAACUACUCUCAGGUUUAAGCUCCUCCUAGCCAUCAGGGCGCAUUAUUUCUAGCUAUUUGCUAUGAUAAUGCUAGGCAGAAGCCUCUCUUCUGCAGGAACCAAGGCAAUGAUGUUCUCAUUCCAGACUUCCACAUGUGGCAUUUCUGAGCACAGUUUCUCUUGGCGCAGAGCAUUGAAUGGGCCUUACCUUGGGGUGUUGCAAGUCAUGACUGUGCUGCUCUCAGUCGUUUGAAAGACCUGGUGUUGUUUCUGUUGCCAGGCAAGGCUGUGUGUGCUCCUAGUUAAUGAUAAAGCUUUCAUAAUCUGAGAAGAUUGUGCUUGGUCCUGCCCAGCAGCAACCUGAGUAAACAAAGGUGAUAGGAGCUGAAGCUGCCAGUUCAGUCACGGGGAAAUCACAGUCCUCCGGUGCACACUGGUUCCUUUAACAGGCCAGUUGUCCUAUGCCUUUUAUAACCUCAGAUGUUAACAUUUUCAGAAUCUAGGAAUCUCCCUUCUGGAUUCCAAACAAAAGCCCUCAUAGAUUUUCCUCCCCAUCUGCCAAAUAAAGUGGUGACUGGUGCUCUUUGGGACUGAUGGAGCAGGAGGAACCAGAGCCAAUCACAGGCAGGCCAACAAAUUCUAGUUUGUUCCCCACCCUCCUCCCUGCCAAGUUCUGCAUGGGCAAUACCGAGACUAAAGAGGAAGCUGAUAUUAUCAAGGUCACCCCCUGAGCCACUUGCAACUAAGAAGGCAGGCAGGUGAGCACUGACUAAGUGCAGAUUGAUGUUGAUAGGGCUCCGUUUGCCAUAACAGACCAGCCUCCACUGGCCAAAUACGUUGUCCAACCUUGCUGCAGGGUGUGAAGGAGGAUGCCAACUGCUGUGUUUUGUCCCUGGCAUCUGGCGAUUGGAGGCAUGCGGCCCCAGAACAAGGAAGGUUAUUUAUUUAGAAGAUUUAGAUCUCUGUUUUUCUAGACUUGGUUACAGCAGUUGUGGAAGCAUGCACCAUUUUAUAUAAGCUGCAAAGUUCAGUUAAGCUUCCCAUUUGAUUUUUAUGUAUUAUGCACAUAAGCAUGUGUGUGUGUCAUUGGUUUUAUUUAAAUAUGCACAGGCACACACAUACAGAGGUGUAUAUACUGCCAACUUGUUUGCUGUGCUGUUUAGUUGUGUUUAGGACUAAUUGAUUGGAGAUACAGAAUAUGUAUAUGCACACACAGAAUCUUAGAAGCAGUCAAACAGCAGAUGAAGAGAUCCUGUUUCCUGCAAGUACAUUGUCAAACACUAAGUAAUAAUAUAUGAAAAACAAAUGAUCAAACAGAGAGAGAGAGAGAAUGCUGUUUAAUUAAAUGUUUCAGCUGAGGAAGGUCAAAACCAAAAUGUUCAUCUAAAUAGUAUUUUAAAUCUCUAUUUUAAUUUAUAAGCCUACAUAUAAAUAAGCAUGCACACAUACAAUUCUAUGAUUCUAUGAACAUGCACACAGAUACUGGGGUAUCCAGAGACCUUCCAGUAAUCCAGCAGCAGCAGCAGCUGUAUUUGUUAUUAUUAAAGGCACCAUCUCAGUCUUAGCUUUCCAUCCAUAGAGGAUACUCAAGGCAAUAAAAUGCAAUAAAAACAGGCCUCAAAUAAGUAUUUGAAAUUUCCUUUCCUCUGUUCAGUUUUCAGACAGCUCAACACCUCCAUGGCUGUCUCCCAGAUGUCAGCAGUUCAGUGCCGGCUGGCUCCCCUCAUUCAAGUGAUCCAAGACUGCAGCCACCUCUACCAUUACACUGUGAAGCUGAUGUUCAAGCUCCAUUCCUGUAAGUUGCUCUUGUGGGGGUGUGGAAGCAUACCAUGGUUCAGGUGCAGUUCUGGGACAUUUGGGGAACGGUCCAUGGCUCAGUUGUUAGGGCAGAUGAAUUGCAUGUAGGUUUGUUCUCUCUGGUUCUGUCUCUGGUGUCUCCCAGUUAAAGAAAGAAUCUCAGGUGAUGGGAAAGAGGCUGACCAGAAAUUCAUCAGCCAGUUAGAGACGGUGUCAGUCUACCAGAAGAUGUUGCCACUGCUCUUAAGGUGGCCAUACUUGAACAAGGAAACUGCUAAACCACAAUUUGUAAAGAAGUUAACCUCUUAUUCAUUUGUGGCUGAGUAGAGUCAGUGGUUUCGUUUCCCAUUCCAGAUGUUAAUUUACUCCCCGUUGUCAGUUCGAUUGUUUCAUCACUUGUCACUGCAUUCUACCUCUCAUUGAAUUCUCACUCUCUGUACUUUUUGUAUUUAAUUUUUCUCUGACCUUACCUCCUUACGACCCUCCUCAUCCCUUAUCACUGUCUGUGUGCAUGUGUGAAUGCAACCAAGGAUUACACUUCAUGCAUUUGAUGAGAUGGACUCUAAUUCAUGAAAGCUUAUGGUGUAAUAAAUUAUUUUAGUUCUCUUGGUUGAUUUUUUCCAGUCAUAGUGGACGAUUCUGGAUGAACAAAGAGUCUGAGCUGGUAUAAGGCAGCUUCUUGGGCUCACAAGUUCAAGUUGUUUUUGCACUCUGAUCAGGGAAGUUUUGGAGGACUUCAGAUGUCCCGUGAAGGUUUCUCAAUAAAAAGAGGAGUCACUGAGCUGUGGCCCUUCCCCACAGCAGGGGUUGGGCAGAAAGCUGAUUGGGGUCCACUGGAAAAUCACCAGAUGGACUGCAGUAGAUAAGUACUCACCAUCAUCAUUUAUUAAAUUUCUAUACUGCCCUCCACCUGAAAAUCACAUGGCAGUUUACAAUAUAAAACCACAAAAAUAGAUACCGUAAUAACAAACAGAAACAAUAACACCCCCCCCACACACACAGUUUAAAAGGCCAUAGGGUUUCUGACUCCCUGGUCCGCAUGGCUUAUCUCACCUGCUGUCACUGCAGCUCACUGAGAGGGAAAGGUUGACAUGGUGCAAACACACUGUUGGGAGCACUGGAUUGGCUUCAACAGUGCAUUUGCACCGUGCUGACCUUUCCCCUGCAGUGAUGCUGUCUGGUAAGCCUUACCAACUGCUGCUGCUCCCAGUAGUUUACAUAGGGAGUGAGUCAGACCAUGGGCCCAUCCAGUUCAGUAUUGUCAAUAUUGACCAGCAGUGGCUCUCCAGGAUUUAAGGCACUGAGUCUUUCCCAGCUCUGCCUCAAGGUGCUGAGUACUGAACCGAGGAUGCAAAGCGGAUGUUGUACCACUAACUGCUGAGCUCUGGCCCUUCCCCAAAGCAAUGGAAAAAUCAGAAGAAGCAGACUCCAAAUGCUUGAAGGAAAACUGAUUUCUUUAUUUAAAUCUUCCUUUAAGCACCUGGAUGUUAUUCUUCUUCUUUCCCUCCUUCUAUCCGUGUUUUCUGGGUUUUUCUGAUUGGUUUUCAACAAUAGCAAGAAUAACAACAAAAAGGCUUCCCUUCUGUUCUAAACUAGGCUGGUAAAAUUAAAAUUGCUGGGGUGGGAGAAUCAGGUGUGUGGAAGGGUCAGCUGUCAGCUCACUAUUGAAAACUAGUCCCUAAGCUGAACAUCUAUCUGCUCUGAGCAUCAUGGUCUUUAAUUUUAAGUGUAGGUCUGUGUUCUGAGGAUGGACCAGUCAGUCAGUUCCUCAUUUUUACAGGCUUAAACUCUGUUUCCUCCCUUUCCACAUCAGUUUGCUUGGAUUAUUUAAAAAUGAAUUUAAUGAAAAUUUAUCAUUUUAGUGUGUACUUCUCCAGAUAUACACAUUUUAAUACAAUUUUACCUAAUACACUCAUUUUUGCAGUGUUUUCCUCUAAUAUUCUGCACUUUAUUCUGCAACAUAUGCUUGGCUGGAGAACAGCUUUGCUGUGUCCUCCGCAAAGUAUGAGGAUGAGAGAGUGAAUGAUUUGCCUAAGGCUAUGUGGGAAAUGGGUUUUUUGGGUGGGACAGCUAUGGUGAGAUUUGAACUCAAGAUUUCACAGUUCACAACAUAGCAGCUGUGCCAUACUAGCAGCUCAAGGGUUUUAGCCUUUGGUUACCUCUUAUCCUUUUAGGCUCUUCUGCCAAACAAAUGGGCUCUGAAUGGAGUUUAUGGAUAGUAUUCUUUAAAAAAAGCAAAGCCAUAAAUAACACUCGAAAUCAAUAAACCAUACAGUCCAGACUUUCCCAACCUCGUGCCCUCCAGAUGUUGCUAAAUUCCAGCUCCCAUCAUCUCUGACUCCACUGGUUGAACUGGUGGGAACUGGAGUCCAACAAAAUGGCGGUUAAGAUACAGACUGCCCUUUAAGGCUAUGUAGAGCCUGUUAUUUGUAUUCCACAGUGAGAAAGAAUUUACUUGAAAGGUGGGUAAUAAUAAUAUCUGUCUUGCUGAUGUAUGUGAGAGAAAUCCCUGCUGAUAUUUAUCUGCUCUUCCCCUUCUUGAUCUCUCUACACUAGCUUCCUUCUUUACAGUGGCCUUUCUAUCUUUCUUCUUUUUAAUUUUAAAAAGGGAUUCCCAAGGGGGGAAACCAGCAUUCACAGGUUUUCAUUCCACCUUCCGUUAGGGAGCUUAAGUAUAUCCUGCCGUUGGCUUUUCUGAAACCAGGAUUCAGUUCCCAGAAGGACAGGACUAACCUUUAAAUAUGUCAUAAGUUUUGCACAAGACUUAUGCUAAGGAAAGCCGGAGGAUUAUUAAGCAUAUUUGUGUACAGUUGGCCAGAUUUGCAUUAAUUUUGCUGAAGCCAUAGAGAGAGAGGGCGUGCAAGGGAGAAACUGAAGCCUGGAAAGACCUGCUUAUUUUGAUUGUGAACGAUGUGCUUCCUUAAGAGUUCCAACAGCCAGGCAUUAAAUCAGCCAUAUUAUUUAUUUCAUAAAAUUUAUACAUUGCUUGAUUGUUUAAAAAUACUCUCAAAGCAUUUUAGAAAACAUAAAAGAGUAAAGGCAAUAAAAGAUUUGCAGCCGGAAGCCACAUUCCUUUCUGGGAAUCAUAGAAUCCAACUCACUGUUAUGUGUAUAAAGAUGAAAACAGAAGGACCAAAGCUUAGUAGUAUUGCUUGCUUUGCAUGCAAAAGAUCCCAGAUUCAAUCCCUAGUAUCUCCAGUUAGGGUCUAAAACCAUCAGUGAGCUAAAUGGAGUUUUUCUUUGGAAUAGCUGCCAGGCCCUCUGCUUUCGGAACCAUGACUUUUCCAAAAGUGCUUCUCUUCCUCUUCUCCCAAACUUUCAAAACCUGCAGCUCAGUGGCAGAGCAUUUGCCUUGCAUGCGGAGGGCUUCAGGUUCAGUCUCCAGCACAUCCACGUAGAACUGGGAACAUUCAUUGCCCGAAACCCUGGAGAGCUGCUGCCAGUCAGUGUAGGGAGUACUGAGCUAGAUAGACCAAUGCCCUGACUCGGCAUAAGGUCACUACCUAUGUUCCCAGCAGAUUGUGAAAGAAAGCCUUGGUUGGGUGCCAGGUGUGCUUUUCUCUGGCUCAAACCCCUGUGUGUGCCUUCUUGGCAAAUGGUCCAUUAAAGUCUUGGACAGCCCGUUCCUUUCUUUUGUCUUCCUCAGGUCUCCCGGCUGAUACGCUGCAAGGGCAUCGUGACCGUUUCCAUGAGCAGUUCCGCAGGUAAUAUAAUAAUUAGAAUUAUAUUUAUUUUUGUAUUUCGCUUUAAUCCGCCUUUUCCCCUGACAGGGCUCGAGGCAGCUUACAGCUAAAAGCAUAUUUUAAGAGCAGUCAUUAAAAAACAAAUAAAUACGCAUGGGACUGCACUGUAAAACAUUAUUUUAGAGAUAGGAGAGAAAAGUAAUUUAAAAGAAGCGUAUAUACACCCUUCUCUGGUGAAAACCAGGUAAUGACUUGUGGCCUGCUUUUCAAUCUGUGCCUGGGCUGAACUACAUCACAUAGGAUGGAAUGGAAAUCUUUGUGGUUAAGCUCACCAUUGAGAUUUCCAGAAAACACCACCCCUACUAGUGGGCUUCUUGGACACCGGCUUCUGGUUGGCCAUCGUGGAAACCCCAAAGCUGGAGUAGAUGGUCCCUUGCCUCAUCCACCAGGAUUCCUCUUGCGUUCUUAAGAGUCAGACCACCUUGCUGUUGGUUUCAGUAUUGACAAUUCUGUUUCCCCUCUCCUCUCUGUAGCCUCAAAAGCUUUUUCAAAAGGGCAUCGGACAUGCUGUACUUCAAGCGACUCAUCCAGAUCCCACGGCUGCCUGAGGUACAGUCUCUCUUCUGCCUUCUGCUGCUGCUCCCCAACCCUGACAAUCUGGGGUAGGCCACCCACUACCAAUGCCCCCAACUACUACUGUUUGUAAAGCAUUUCCUGAAAUUUACCCUAGGAAAUUCACUGUGUGUGAGAGGGGGGUGGAGAGGGAGAAAGCACCUGUCUGCCCGAUCCGAUCUCUGGGUGUGUAUUUGUGAGGCUGCAUUUAUGAGGGUGCCAUCUAGCUUCACCUGCACUGUAAAUGUGCCUGACUCCUUUUGUUCCUCCUCCAUUAGAACCCGCCUAACUUUCUGCGGGCAUCAGCCCUGGCCGAGCACGUGAAGCCUGUUGUGGUGAUCCCAGAAGAAGAAGCCCCUGAGGACGAAGAGCCAGAGAACCUGAUUGAGAUCAGUACAGCCCCAACUGUGGAGCAACAGGUGAGAAAUGCUAAGGGGGUCUCUGGAGUGGUGAGCUCCACCCACCACUUUUAGGUGCACCCCCACUGGCACUGGAUUUAGGGCUGUGCAGAUUGUUCCCCACACGAGGUGCUGAGCUAAGGGAGCACAACACUUAGAAGAUCCAUGGGUGGGGGUUGCAAUUCUGGCCUUGCACAGGGAGACAUAUUAUGAAAGAUUACCAAAGACUGCCCCUGCCCCCACUAGAAGGUGCUUAUGAGGGAAUGUGUCUGUAGGAACUGGAAAAGACCAUUCUCUCCCCUCCCCCUUUAGUGCAUUUGCUGGGUGGGACCACAUCAUUUUGCUUUAAGGAAAAAAGUUAUCUGAAAAAGAGUAGGAAUUGGAUGAAGUGCAGUGGGUAUAGGGAAAAAGAUGCCCAACCUCCCACCAAGCUGCAUCCCUUCCCUAUAAAAAGUGGUUCUUCGUUUCAUUUCGUUUUAAAAUGGUUUUAAGAUGCUAUUCUUAGCCGACUUGUAAAUGCCUUACAAAGUUGAAAGGAUGGCUAAGCUUAAAAAGAAGAAAAGAAAGAGAUGUGUGUUGACUGCGCUUGGAAUAAAGCCAGGAAACAAACUUGGCCAUUGUGCUUGGGCAAUGCAUUUACAAAGCUGUAAAAAUUGGACACACAAAAUUCUUGGCAGUGAUUGCAAUGUUUUCCAAAUGGAGCUUUGCUUUCGUUCGUUGUUUCCUGGCUGCUGAUGUUUGCUCACUAUGUGAUGACGUUCGCAGGUCAAACUGGAAGUGCUGCCAGGGCCAGUCUAGGAGGUGCAGAUCUGGGAACCCUGCAGAACCCAGAGGGGUGUGCGUGGGCCAGGGGUGUUCCAGCUGGGCAUCUUCUCGUGGGAGGCAGUGCAUGGUCAUGUGGGCUUCCCAGGAAGAGCUGUGGAGCUGGAAUCCAGCAUGACAGCUCCAACUUCUGCAACACAGCAUUUGAAGUAAAAUAAAGACACCUUUGUCCACCCCGUAUGGUAAAAUAGUGUCAGUGUGUGGUGCAGCCCCACUUUCUCAGGGAAGGCAAGAGUGGCCAGGGGGCAGGGGUUGGAAGGCACUUGUUUCAAGGGUCAUGCUGACAUUUCUAUGGCUUAUUCUUUUACCAUUGUGGCAUCUCAGUACUUCCACACAGAGGAGCUUUCAGAAGCAUAAUGGAUCUCAGGUGUGCUGCAGAAACAGUUCCAUGUGCAAUAGUGCAAUUUAUUUAGUUGUAGAUACAUGAUAAAUAAAAUGAUGUAAUACUGUAUCUCCCUAGGAAUACAAAGCAUUUAUGCCAUAUAGCCAUAAACAUGAAGCUUCCCCUUCAUUGUCAGUCUUUUUAAUAUUUGUUUCUGCAGAAUGUGUCGUCUGAUAUAUUUGAACAGACUUUUGGACCACCCAAUGGAAUAAGAGAUGAUAGGUAAGGGUGUUUAUCAGCAAAAUCUCUCUCUCUCUCUCUCUCUCUCUCUCUCUCUCUCUCUCUCUGUGUGUGUGUGUGUGUGUGUGUGUGUGUGUGUUUUUAAGCUGGCAUCUUAAUAAUGAGGUUUAGCAUUUAUGCAGCAUUCGGACUAUUUAACAGAAAAAGUUGUAUGUGUAUUAACAGUCCUGUAAAGUAGAUCAUUAUUAUCAUAUCUCUCAGCGCUGUUGUUUAUGUAGCCAAAAGAGUAAAACCCAUUACCCAAGGAAGAGAUAUUUCCUUGAUGGUUCGCACCCAAGGUCUGCAGACAUUUGUGGAAUUUUAGGCAGCGUGUGGAGCAGAACAGCCCAGUGGGAACUGAACCUGGUCAAUGGGUACAAAAUACAGGAUGACUGUUGGAGGGUGGUGGUGAGAUGAAAUGGAGUACCCCAGAACAGGGUGGUCCAAUGUGCAGCUGGCCCUCAAGGCCUUUUUUUGGCGGCCCUUGGCAACAGUGGAUGCCCCCACCCCCCAGUCCUCGUGAGGCUCUCAGCUUUGGGGAGGAGGCAUGAGGGUUCUGACAGGGUCCUAGAGUCCUUCCUCCUCCUUCACAAAGCCUAUUUGGCACUUUCCCAACUUUGGGAAGGAGGUGCGAGGGACCCCAAAGCCCAGCGCCUCAUUUAGCUGGCUUGGGGGCAUCAGAUUUUGGCGUUACCCACCCACUCACCCCCCCUUGUGACAAGGCAGUCAGUGGCCCACAUGUUCCAUGUCAAAGUACUAUUGCGGCUCACUUGGUAUAAAACGUUUGUCCUCCCUGCCCUAGAAGAGGACACACCUUGAACCUAGUAUGGGGCUACUCCAUACUGCAACUUUUUGGUUACAGACCCCACUUGUUAUCCCAGUAUUGCUGGCAGGAGGUGGGUGGUUUGAGGCUGAGACAAAGAAAAGGAGAGGCUCUGAUGUGGCCCUGAAGCCUUUGCAGCAGAGGAGAGAUUUGCCCUGGAGGCCUUGAGCUCAUAACUCUUCAUCACUAUACAACAUCAACUCAGAGCAUUCUUGUGUUUUUGAAACCUUUUAACCCUCAGGGAUCUCCAAAUUGAAAACCUGAAGAAAGAAGUGGAUCUUCUUCGAGCAGAGCUGGAGAGGAUUAAGCUUGAGGUAACAUGGGGCACUCUGUGUGCUUGUGUGUGUAGGCAAAGUGAGAUGUCUUACUUCAAUUAAUAACUAUGAUACAUUGGAAUUUAGUGGAUUCAUGGAGAUUGCAUCAUCCUAAGGAAAAAGCAUAUACAUAUUUUGCAGAAAUUCAUAAUACCCAGCAUAGAAUUGAUUUCUUUCUAACAUCAGCAUCAUUACAUCCCUUUACUAGCUGAUGUGACAUUGAUAUUCCCAUUAUAGCUGAUCACUCAGCAGUAAUACUGGAAUAUAAUUUAUCUAAAAACCAGGAAGGUAUGAGGAGAUGUAUCUUAAUAUAUCAUUACUAAAUGAAAAAAACUUCAUUUAAUAUAUAACCCAAGAAACGCAAAUAUAUUUUAAAAAUAACUCCAAAUCUUCAGUGUCAAGACUGAUGGAAUGGGAAGGAUAUAAAGCUUACAUCAGAGGGAAGAUAAUAUCUUCUCUGCCAACAAGGCCAAGCUGCAAAGAUUAAAAGAAAAUAAUCUAAAAAUUUCUUUAAAAACACUGUGGGGCGAUAUGGCAAAUAACCAAUCUAAGGUUACAUAUGAAAGAAUACAACAACAAACAUUAGAGAUGAAUAAUAUACUAGCUCAAAAAAUUGAGUUCAGCCUACUAAGUCUAAGACAAAUAUAUUGGGAACAGGGAGAAAGACCGAUAUUGAAAGGUGGGGACCUCUAAACCUCUCCCUUUGGGGAAAGGUUAAUGUCCUCAAAAUGAAUGUUGUUCCAAAGCUUUUAUACAUUCUUAGAGGAUUACCAAUGUAUAUUCCCAAAUUAUACUUCCAAAAAACAAAUCAACUAUUUAGAUCGUGCCUGUGGGGUACAAAGCCACCAAAAAUAUCACCACAUAAAAUGCAACUUCCAACUAAGGAAGGCGGCUUUGGGCUCCCAAAUCUGGAAUUGUAUCACCAGGCUUACUUGCUGAGUAAGACUAAUUAUUGGAGAGCUUAGCAGGAAUCCCAAUUGGGCUACUCUCGAAUAUAGUUUCUUUGAACCUCUUGUAGGGUGGACUAAACUUGGCUCCAAUUUUAUGAAAUAUCCUAUUAUGCUGGAGACUAUUAAAGCACCUAUAAAAAUUUGAAUGAAUAUAAAUAAAAAUAAUAAGGAUGACCGCUAUCAGCAUGAGAAAUUAACAAUAUGGGCCAACCCAAAAUUAAAAAUUGGAAAUCAAGUAAUAAUUUUGCAAAAUUGGAUGAAAAAAGGUAUUUUGACAUUGAAUCAAUCAAUUGAUGGAAAUUACAAAUUUGUGGAAUAUAAGACUUUGCAAGUAAAGUAUGGAUUAACCAGUGAAACAAAAUGGCAAUACAUCCAAUUGAAACAUAUGUUGGAAAGGCAGUUUGGCCCUGACUUUAUAGCAGCAUCAGAAACACCCAUGCUGCUACAAGGUUUAACCUCUGCAACAAAAACAAAGAACUCUACACUUGCACUAUAUAAAACCCUACUCAACAGAAAGAAAUAUGAUUUAGAAUAUGAUAGACAAAAAUGGAGUGAAGAGUUAGGGGUACAGAUAACAAAUGAUAAAUGGGAGUCAAGUAUAAAAUCAACAGAAAUAGCUUCUAUGGAUUUAAGACUUAUUCAGCAGAAAAUAAUAUUCAGAGUCCACUGGACUCCAGCAAAACUUUACCAGAAAAAAAUAACAAGUGCAGACAACUGCUGGAGAUGUGGGAGUAAAAUGGCAAACUCAGUAUAUAUGUUGAUUAACUGCCCGAUGAUAAGAUCAUUUUGGUGUGAGGUGAGGAUAUUUAUAGCAGGAGUAAUAAAAAGAAAUUGUUAUUUAGGGGAACUGAAUUUAAUUCUAAAUUAUAUUCCAGAAAUGUGGGAGAUUUCAAGGGGUCAAAAAAAAAUGGGUGUACCGUGCUAUAUUAGAAGCAAAAAAAAUUGUUUUGAUGAAUUGGAAGAGCCGCAAAAAGAUUUCAUUGAGCACAUAGAUUUAUAAUAUGGACAGAUUAGCUACAUACGAAUGAAUUGCAUGUCGAUGAAAAAUAAGAAUGUGAAUCUGAAUUGUCAAAUUGUAUUAUUAUUGUUAUUAUGGUUUUUGUUGUUUGUGUCUUUUGUGGUUGAUUUUAUCGAAAAAAUGAUUAAAUAAUUUUUUACAAAGUGAGAUAUCUUACUUUGGGUGCUACAAAAAGGAAGUAAACUGAUAAUUUUUUAUAUUUUUAUAUUUUUACUGCUAGGGAGUAGGGAAGAGGCGCUUGUGAGAUUUUGUAUGUCAAGUGCUAAAUGAGCAUUGCUUGCCUUGAAUAAUUCGGCAGAGAGUUGGUGAUUGGCAUCCAGUGAGCUUUAUGGCCAUGUAAGGAUUUGGUCCCAGGCCGACAUUCUUACCAUUGCACCACAUGGACACUUGCUGCUUCCCCCAGUGGCCAGCAAGAUGCCUGUGUGGGAAGCCCAAAAGCAAAGGGCACAAGAGCAUCCUGCUUCUGAUCCUGCAGGUAACACACUAGCUGUCAUAAUUAUAGCCAUUGCUUUGUAUGUGUUUUGCUGCAAUACUCAGGCUCAGAGAUACAUCACUCAGCUGAAGGCCCAGAUUAACAGCCUGGAGGCGGAGGUGGAAGAGCAGCGGAAGCAGAAGCAGAAGGCCCUGGUGGACAACGAGCAGCUCCGGGAUGAGCUGGAGAGGCUGCAGAAGGCAAAGCUGGAGGGAGACAAGAGUCGAGGGCUCUACCUAGAAGCAGAAAGUAGGUGGUGCCUUUGGAAAGCAGGUUAUGUGUGUUGACCUGUGCUUUUCUAACAGCAAUAAUAAGAAAAUCCUAUUUAUUGUGCUAAGGAAUGUGCACUUGGCACUGUCUACCUCAGGGAUGGGGAGCCUCAGGCCUGGGGUCCAGAUAUGGCCCUCCAAUUUCUCUGCCUGGCCCCUGGAACUACCCCAAGGCCCACACACGCCCUCUCUUCCCAGGCCAUGCCUCUCACUGGCCCUGCUUCAAACCCUGCGUGUUUCUAGUAGGUUAUGGAAUGGGACCUUGGGCUCUGAUGUUGCCUCUUUCUUCUCUGGAUGGAGGAUAGAGAGGGGUGUGCAAGUGUAUACAGAAGUAGUGAUUCACAUUUGUUCCUCUGCCUGCUGUUGUCUGUGGCCCCAGCCACCACUGUAAUGUGGAAGGCUGCCCAGAAGGAAAUGUGUCCCUUUAACUGGAAAAUAUUGCUGACUGCUUAUCUGCAUAAAAAAGCAUGUGUGCUUUGCCUGAGUUUUGACACACCCACCCCAAACGCACCACCAGCCGGAAGCAGUUUUUGAUGGCACAAAUUACUUCCUCAUGGUCCUGCAGCCUGUGGAAGCUAGAACGGCUGUUGGCAGUCACCUGUAAGGCAGGACCCACAACCCAUUUGCUUGUUCCUUGGGACAGGCUCUUCUGGGCAGCUAGUUGCCCACCAUGGCUGCCAAGGUUCAAUAGUUGGACUGAGAAUGCAGCUCAUGACAAUCUCAUUCCUUUUUCCAGAGAAGGCCAGCGCCACAGAAACCCGCUACAUCAAGCUGAAGGAGAAGCACAAUGAGUUGAUCAACACACACGCAGAGCUCCUGAGAAAGGUAAUGACAGUGCUGGCUGCCAACUUCCCACACUGUUCCAUUGGGUAUUUGCAUGCAAGAGGAGAUGGGAGGGCGCCUCCGCAUUCACAUUCCACAAGGGCUGGCUUCUCUCUUAGUCACAGCCUUCGGUUCCAGCAGUGGUCAAGCAUGGCUCUAAGUCUCUGGCUUCUGCCUGCUUCCAGCCCGCCUCGCACACACAGCUCUGGCUUUUUGUCUUUCUCACUACCACCCAUUUGUCCUCAGGCACAGAGCAACUUCUUUUGCUAUACUAACAAUGGUACUCGCUGGAUCCAGGGUCCAGGAAUUAGAAGGGACCCAGGCACCAUACAGACUAUCCCUGCAAUCUCAAAAUGAUGCUUAAAAUAUGUUUGAUGUUUUUUAAUACCAAGAAUGCAGACACGGCCAAGCAGCUGACAGUUACCCAACAGAGCCAAGAGGAGGUUGCCCUGGUCAAGGAGCAGCUGGCCUUCCAGAUGGACCAAGUCAAACGGGAGUCAGAAAUGAAGGUUUGCUGCUUUGAUCUCUCUUCCCCUGUAACAGGGCAGGGGGCUCCCUAUUCAGAAACUGUUGAGGAGCUGUUUUGAUCUAGGGGUGGGCUGAAAUAAUGUUUGGUACUAAACAUCUAAAGCACCUGACUUUCUCCCAAAGAAUCCUAGGAACUGUAGUUUGUUAAGGGUGCUGAGAUUGUAGGCGUGUGAGGGGUAAACUACAGGUCUCAGGAGUCUUUGGGGAGAAGCAGGGUGUGUUAAAUGUGCUUUAACGGUAUGGUGUGAAUGUGACCAUGGAGACUAGGCGCAGCUCAGGACAUAAUUGAGGGAUGGCUCAGCAAGCUUGAGUCCCAAGUUUGUAGUGCCAGGCCCCUGAUUCCUGCUGCUCCCCCCUUGUUGACAUUAAAAAAGAGAUAUUGGAGGGCGCAGUUAGGUGUUAAGAGCUCAGCCACACACCACCUUGAUUUGCUCAGAGGCAUCUGAAAAGUUUGCGCAUUUUUACAAGGAUGCACUUUCUCUUUGAUUCCCUCUGUGUAGUUAGAAGAUCAUAUGUUGCAGAUGGAGCAGGUGAAGAGAGAACUGGAAUCUAAGAAAGAGGAAUUGGCUCAGCUUCAGCAGUCACUCAGCCGUUCCAAGCAGGUAUGCAGGCUGGGGUCGUUUGUGGCCUGUGUUGUUUGUGGGGCUGAGGGUUAAAAUCUUGCAGUGGUUUCCCCUUCCCACAUGAUACUCUACUGAGGAGUCUCUGAUGUAUCAGCCACUGAGAGGUACCUUUUUUAUACAGGACAGCUCCUUAUUGGUUAUACCCCAUGUUAGCUAUACUCAGAGUAGACCCAUUGGUGUUAAUGGGCAUGAUUUCAGUGGGUCUGCUCUGAGUAUGAUUUAGUUCAAAAGAACUCCAUGCAUUGUGAGUUAGAUUUAUGUAUAACUUUUUUUUAAAGACACCUUUCAAUUUAGAAAACUUUGAAGUCAGCUGACAACUAUAUUAAAUUAUAUAUCGUGUGUGUGUAUUAUAUUGCUUUUGUUUGUUGUUGUUUCAAAGUUUGACUGCAUGUAUCUUUUGUAACUUUGUAUGCUGCCUUGAGCACAUGUAGGUAUAGUCAAGCGGGAUUUCAAUCCUGAAAUAAAUCAAAUUAAAACAGCAUCCACUCGGAAUAAAAGCCAGCAUUAAAAAUAAAAUAAAAUAGUAGGGAGCUCUCAUAAAAUAGCAGUGGGAGUAUUCCUGUGGGUUGUCUUGCAAAAAGCCAUGAGGCAUCUGUCUCCACUUUGCUGCCCUGCUGUGCAGUCCUUUGCCUUAGGUGGCCCAUCUUGCACUGUCCCAAUGUUAAGGGUGCUUUGGUUGCGCCUCCCCUGAGAACCCUCUCCACUACUCUCUAGAGAAGCUCAUCUCAUGCUUUUGAUGUGCCCAUAUACUAGACUGUUUAUUGCUUAUUGUUUUUUCAUUUUAUUCACAGCAUUUAUAUGCAGCUCUUUAGUUGCAAAGGCUCAUGGAGCAGCUUGGAAAUCAUUAGAAAUAACACAAGCUUACAAUCUAAAAAGCCAUGAUGUAAAAAGGAAAAGGGGUGGGGAUGGAAGAGGAGCUCAAACUGGUGUUUGUUUGGAGCACCAAAUUGUUGGAAGGCUCUGAUAAUAACCAGCUGGGAUUAAAAUAGCCCAUUUUUCUUGUCCCAAACUCACCAAAAGUUGAGGUUUGUAACUCAAAUCCUUCACCUGUUCCUUCGCCUCUUGCAGUGUCAUGUGGUUUAGGUGGAGGAAACUCCUCUUAAGCCUUCCCACCCAAGUCAUCUUAGGUUAAAUUACCUCAUGAAGAGGACAAUGAGCAUGUGAAAAACCGCAUUAGUAGGGGGAGGUGAUUGAGAGGGUGGGGCCAAGCUGAAGCGGGAGAGCUGGGCAAUGAAGCUGUGAGCCAGCAGGUCGCUUGUCCUCCAUGCAGGCCGGUUCAGACCUCAACACCCAACUGGAAGCCCUCCAGGCCGAGAAGGAGACACUGAGGAAAGUGGUCAGUGAGAAGGACUGUGAGCUCAUCUCGACAAAGGGCCUGAUCCAAGAAAAGGAGCUGCUCUUGAGCCAGGAAGCAGAGAAGAGAGCAAAGGAAGUUCAGGAGCUGCAAGGGAAGCUCUUGGAAAAGGUACUCAAGGGAGAAACAAAGUCUUGGCAGCGGAGGCUGGUCCAUCGGGUGUGUGGGAUGCUGCCCUGACAGCUCGCUCUGUGCUUGGCCAGACCUCUCCUGCCUGCUUACCUCCAGCCAGCCCAGGGGAUGAUCCUGGCUAUCAGCUUCCUCCUCCCCAGGGCUCCUCCAGAAUGGUGCUUUUUGCUAGAGUAUUCUGAAACAUGUCAUUGACACAAUAAUAGAGCAUUAGUGGUGAAUUUAUACCGGACCAUCCACACUUCAUUCCGCUUUAUUAGCCAUUCUGCGAUGCUUCCCCAGCGCUCCUGCAUUACUGUUGUCUUGAGGGGCGCUCCUGCACUGUAGGGCAACAAAAGUGAGGCAAAAGGACCCCUAGAACAUUUGUGGCAUGAAAAGUUACAGGAAUUUCUGCAGAAGGUUACAGGACAUGCGCUGUUUGGAAAUGAAGCAGGAUGUCUGCCCUGAAACUUUUGUAGGUGUGAACAGUAUUGAAAAUGGGGUUGUGUAUAACCAUCCUUAUAUUAUCAUGAGCACAAACCAUCAUGAAUGCACAACAAGGAUGUCUGGAAGGGCCCCUUCCUCCCAGUACUGCCAUUACAGGAGUCAAUAUGAGAACGGGGGCAACACUAGAAUGCAUUGGCUCUGUCCGUCAUUGGCUCUGGCUCCGCCUGCCAUUAGCCUCCUUGCCAGUUCCCAAAAGACACCGGGCACAACUGAGCCUUGGAAAGCUUUUGUCUGGUUAGGGAAGGCAAGGGAAACAGCGGGCUGAGCAAUGGAGAGAGGGAGCCAGUUAGCAGCACUGUAGGCCUCCCCUUUGCCCAGUCUGGAUCAUGAAAGAGCAGUGAAUACGUGGGUCCCGGGAGGGCACUGUUAACUUAAACACUUUGGGACAAUCCCACAGAAAGGUCAGGAACAGAACCUGCAGCAGAAACUCCUGGAGGAGCAGUUCAGCAUUCUGCAAGGGACAGUGAAGGAGGCUGAGAGCAUCAUUCAGGACGCCGUUGCCAAGCUGGACGAUCCUUUGCACAUCCGAUGCACCAGCUCACCAGGUAGGUCUAAAGGUCCAAGGGCAUGGAUGAGUCUGACAGUGGCUUGGCUUUGUUUUGUUUUUCUUAACCUAUUUUUUAAGAAGAGCAAGUUCCUGUCCCUUGUAACAGCCCAGGAAUCCUUGAGUAAACCUCUCAAGCAAGCCUGGCAUCAUUCAGAAUCCUGAGGCAGUGGCCAAGGCCCUCCCAGGGAUGCCUGUCCUAGCCCCCUCCUCUCAAAUCCAGCCCCCACUCCAUGCUCCAAUUAGCAACCUGAGAGAGUUGCCUUUUCGAUGUCCUACAAUGCCCCAAGUGAUGCUGCAUUGAGGCCAUUGUGAGACAUUUAAAUGGCAGCUGCCCCAGACCUGGUGGUCUGCCUGUCUUGGAGCACUGCCGCUGCCAAGGAAUCACACCAGGGCUGAGCCCCACAACCCCUUUCAGGGAUGUAAGGGAGGGAGCCUGCCAGGGGAAACCUGGGCAGCUGAGGCUCCUUCACUCCGGAGCUGGCUCUGCUUCUAAGGCACACAAAGCACGAGAGUCCAUUUUAUCUUGUUUUCCCAUAGGCCUCCUUCUCUGCCCUUGCUUUUCUCUCCGCAGAUUACCUCGUCAGCCGCGCACAAGCAGCACUGGAGUCAGUGAACGCUGUGGAAAGUGGACAUGGGCGCUACCUGUCCAACCUGGCAGGUAAACAUUGCUGGGUUGCCGCUGCAGUUCUCCUACUUGUGGGGCAGGGUGGGAGUGUAGGGAGUCUGGUGUUGCUGGCAAAGACAGAUUGUGCCUCUCCUGCCAUCACGAACAUUGUUUCUUCAAAUGCUCCCCCCCCCCCGGCCAACCCCCUCACCAAAAAAGAAAAGCUAAAUGUCUGGUGACUACAUGGAACAUUUCACCAAGUGGUAAAGCUUCAGGCUGAUUUUUAAUCCUUGCACUUUUAGCUAUGUUCUACCCCCCACCCCCCGUGGAGGGGGUAGGUCUGGGGGAUGGGUUUGGAUGGAGUCAAUAAAAGGUGCAGCCGCAAAGCCUUCUGCUCACGAGUUAUCCAGUCUUGGAGGUGUUAAGCCUGUGCCUUCCGUUGCUGGGGAAUGCAGGUGGGGAAAGUGCUGUUGUGGCAGGUCCUUUUGUGAGCUUCCCAGAGACACCUGGCUGGCCGCUGUGAGAACCAGGUUGCUGGACCUUUGGCUUGAACCAGCCGUCGGGUUCUUCUGAUUCUUUUUUCUUUUUUCUUCUCAAAUGUUUUGCAUUGAAUUUUAAUAACAACAAGCAAGUUACAGAAAAAAGAAAGAAAAUAGUUUUUGUUAUAAAAAAAACAAGAAGUUGUCACAAUUGCCAAUAAAGUAUAGGAAACAGCUGUGUGAUUUGCGGAGUCAAAAAUAAAACAUAUCAAGAGGAAGAGGAUGUGUAGUCUAUAAUUGCAAAGGGUUCCAUGGUCUGAACUGAAACAAUUACAAAUUGUUAUUUCAAAACAGAAGAUUAAAAUACCUUGAACUGUACUAAACCCAGACACUUGCACAGCCCUGUUUAACCUGAGCUGCUGUAUUCGUGUAUAAAAUGAAAUUGGACCAAAUGACAAAGAUAGUGAUCUUGAGCAUUUUGGGCCCUGAACUCUUCUGAUGUUCUUAUGGGAUGGCCACAGUUCAGAGCUACAGUGGGGUUAGAAGAGAAAAGAGCUGGGGGAAGAGUUGGACUGAGGUUAACCUACGUUUAACCUGGACAAACCUUCAGGGUCUCUGCUCCUUGUGGUGCUUAGCUGAAUGCUGCCACUCUGGGCUUAUCUCAAAUGAGAUGGUUUUAUCCCUGUGAUCCACUUCUGGAUUUCCAUCUUGGUAUUUCUCUUCAUUUCUUAGAUGUCACUGGAUUGGUUGGUGCUCUGGCCCAAUUUGCCCACCUGACUGCAGACACCAUUGUGAAUGGCAGUGCUACUUCCCACCUGGCGCCCACAGAUCAUGCAGACAGUGAGUAAAUUUGCAAAGGUUCUUUUUCCCCACCCCUGAAGUCAGAAGUGAUGCAACUCUUUUCACACGAUUUUCCUGAAUGCGAAACCUGGCUUUUAGAAAUGGUUGGAACCCAGUGUGUAAGGACCAGGAGACUUCAAGCGCCUCUUUGCUAUCUGGUUUUUUUCUUCUUCUUCAAUCCAUUCAUGCAUCCUCUAAACAGGGGAGGGGCAACUUUUGCCUGGCUGGAAUGUGCCCUUGACCUCUGAGAAUGCUUCUUGCAUACCUGGAUGGGAGGAUAGAGAGAGAGAGGCAUGAAUGUGUAGAAACAAGCCUACCAUACAAAGGAAAAAACCACAUUUGUUCCUUUCCCAAUUUUGCCUACUGCUGGCAUGUGGCCCCUGGAAACAGAGGAGGUGUGUUAACUGUGUGCAAAUUUGAGCAUGUUCAUCAGUCUCUAAACUCAUAAAUUUAGCACUGAAGGCUUCUGUAAUUGGGUGACAAUCCUAGAACUUACUAUGGGGAUAAGGAGACACAAGCAUGGUCAGGUGCAAGAAUAACAUCCAUAUUUCUGAUGUGUGUAAUGAACUCUGCUCUUCCUUGGGGUUUGUACUGGGCUCUUAUCCAGAUUACAGAUCAGGCCAACAUCCUCAUAGCUUCCACAAUCCUGCAAUAUCUGUUAUUCCCAAAGCAUACCCUGAGCCUCAGGACUUCCACAUAUUUGUUCUGAAAUGCUUCUCCUGUAGCUCCUCCAAUGAAAGCUAAAAAAUGAGCUUAUUCCUGAGCUUCCCACAGUCAUGCUAGUUUCCCUUGUAUGUGUGUAAUUUUUAUUUUAUUUUCUUCUUCUUGCCAGAAUUGACUGAAACCUGCAGGGACUGUGGGCAGCAGAGUCUGGACUAUCUGAGCAAGCUGAAAGACAAACAGUCUCUCCGACAAGCAGAUUUGGCAGAUGUGAGGAAGAGGCUGCUGGGACUUCUUCAGCUGGGACAGGUAAACAGAGUUGAGGAAUGGAGUGGGGAAAUCCAUUGGGGAACACUGUGAUCUCACAAUUUAUGCUUAUUAGUGUACUUCUACACUUCCCUAACUUGGCCAUGGCAGUGAGGAGGCAAAACAUAGAAUUGUAGAGUUGGAUGGUCCAAGGGGUCAUCUUGUCCAACCCCCUGCAAUGCAGGAAUCGCAAGUAAAGAAUCGCUGACAGAUGGCCAUCUAACCUCUCUUUAAAACCUGCAGUGAAGGAGAGCCCACCACCUUCUAAGGGAGUCCAUUCCACUGUUGAGUGACUCGCUGUCUAGAACUUAUUCCUAAUGUUUAGUUGGAACCUCCUUCCUUAUAAUUUGUAUCCGUUGACUAAUGGUUUCUUUCAGUAAAAGAGCAGCUAGCUGUGUAAUGCUGGGGUGGGGAAACUGCAGCGCUCCAUAUGUUGUUCAACUACGUUGUCCUUGGCCAUAGGCCAUGCUGGCUGGGGCUAAGGGGAGUUGGAAUCCAAAAAAACUUGAAUGGAGGACUGCAGGAUCUUCACACUUCAAAGUGUUGGUGUUGACCUUUGAAGCCCUACAUGGCUGAAGGAGCGUCUCCACCCCCAUCGUUCAGCCCAGACAAUGUGGUCCAGCACUGAGGGCCUUCUGGCAGUUCCCUCACUGUGAGAAGUGAAGUUACAGGGAACCUUCUUGGCAGUAGUGCCCUUCCUGUGGAAUGCCCUCCCAGCAGAUGUCAAAGAGUUAAGCAACUAUCUAAUUUUUCAGAGAUAUCUGAAAGCAGCCUUGUUUCAGGAAGCUUUUAAUGUUGGUUGUUGUUGUAGUAGUAAUAAUAGUAGUUGUUUGCUGUAUUUUUGUUGGAAGCCUCCCAGAGUGGCUGGGGCAAUCCUGUCAGUUGGGCAGGGUACACAAAAUUUCUUCUUCUUCUUCUUCUUUUCCAUUUGAGCCAAGUGUCCCCUUUAAGGACUCUCUUUCUAUUUUGACCAGGAAUUGAGACCCAAAAGCUUAGACAUCCGGCAAGAAGAACUGGGUGACAUGGUUGACAAAGAGAUGGCCUCCACCUCUGCUGCAAUCGAAGACGCGGUCAGGAGGAUAGAGGUGAGAUGAACCUGUUUGGUUGGUUGUUUUAUUAAUAGUCAACCUUUUAGGGAAGGCCGUGUGCAGCUGAAGCAUAUCCACUUGAAAUACAUUUGAGUGGUAAAAAAAACUACCAGGAUUCAAGAAUCAGGGGCAUAAAAACAUUAAAGGAAGGCAGACUGAACAAAUAAGUCUUCAAGACAUGUUUGAAGGCCUUUUGUAGUUCUGAAGGGAGUUCCGCUGCACCAAGUAGACCCUGUCCUUUCUCCCCACCACCCUAAUUAACAGCACUUGUGGGCAGUCAAGUAAGUGCCACUGUAGUUGAACUCAGGGCUUUUUUGCAGACGGAACUCAGUUCAGAACCUCUUUUUCUAGAAAAAUAGCAUUGGUUGAACUUAAUAAAAUGGGCAGAUGUCAUAUGGGUGAAGAUGUACUUGAGUGGCAAAAGGAGAGUACAACUCCGCUCAAUACACAACUGCUUGACUUGUUAUUUGUGAUAUUUUUAGGAUGCAGUAAACUCCUUAGCACUUUUCUUUUGACGUGUCAAGCAGUAUAUAAUUUACCUAAAUGAAACAAAUAAAUAUAAAUUACCCAGAUAAAUGAUUAAUAGGUGGACUUCGCUGCCACAAGAUGUAGUGGUUGGUUGGUGGCUUUAAAAGGCAAUUGGGCAUGUUUGUGAAGAAAGAAGCAUGUCAGUGGCCAUUAGUCCCAAUAGCUAAAUGGAGGGGGGUGGGGGUGGCAUCAUUGUCCUGCUUAACAGCUUCUUUGAAGCAUCUUGCUGGCUGCUAUAAAGACCAGGGGCGCCUUUGUCAAUUAGACCCCAACUACAGGCCUGUUGUGCUGCCCGACUGAAUGAAGCUCUGUUUGAUUUUUCUGCAGGAAAUGAUGAAUCAGGCCAGAAUAGAGAGUUCUGGUGUGAAAUUAGAAGUAAAUGAAAGGUGAGUCUGCAGGAUCAAAGAUCCACAAGGAUGUAGUUUGCACUUGGGGUACAUUUCUUUUUCAUUUGCAACACUUCCAGCUAAAAAAGAAUUUCUGAUAACACAGAUAGGAAAGACUUUUGCCAGGGACCUGGAGAGAGCACACUUGGAAUACCACUUGGAGAUUUUGAAAAAAAUAAGUGUAAUAAUAAUGAUGAUGAGUUAUGGUCAUCUUGCCUCAGAAACAAUAUUGUAGAGCUGGAAGACUAUGAUGGACCUUUGGCCUGAUCCUGCAGGACUGUUCUUACAUUCUUAUCUGCUACCUGUAUUUCUUUAUUCAAAGAGUUUUCAAUACAAUCACAUUUCAAAUCACUUUUCAGCCAUGAAGCUCACCCUGAAGGUAUAUAUGGAAGGUAUAUUUGGGAAAGUAGUUAUCUCUCUUGAUCUAAGCUGCUAAUCUUGCCGGGUGGUUGUGAGGAUAAAAAGCAAUAAUCCACUGUUUGUUGCCUUGAGCAUGUGGAUUUGCAUAAUAUUGUUGGCACAGACUGAACCCCCAGCACUCAGCGUUUGAACUGAAGCAUGAGUUUUCCUGUUUGUUUUGCUACUGAAUAACCUCUUGCUGUGCUGUAGAGGUGAUUCCUUUUUACUGAAGGGUCUCUUCUCCCAUGGUUCAGCUCGCCUGCCUUUUGUUUUGUUUGUGUGCAAUAAGUGUAGUGUAGUUCCAGAGACCUGAAGAGGCUUUGCCAUAGAUAACUAAGGAAGGAGACGCUGUUGGUGUGCAUGAUUAUUUUCCCCUUCAAUAUAUUCUUGGGUCCUAAUGCUGUGUUCUGUCACUAGAUGGUAAAGGGACGCAGGUGGCGCUGUGGUCUAAACCACUGAGCCUCAUGGGCUUAUCGAUUGUAAGGUCAGCAGUUCGAAUCCACGUGAUGGGGUGAACUCCCAUUGCUCUGUUCCAGCUUCUGCCAACCUAGCAGUUCGAAAGCACCCCAGUGCAAGUAGAUUAAUGUAGUGGGAAGGUAAACAGCAUUUCCAUGCGCUCUGGCACUCCUCACGGUCCUCCAUGCACCAGAAGUGGUUUAGUCCUGCUGGCCACAUGACCCAGAAAGCUGUCUGUGGACAAAUGCCGGCUCCCUCGGCCUGAAGCGAGAUGAUCAGUGAUUUUGACUGGACUUAGCCACCUAGGGGUUCUUUACCGUUACCUUUACCUAGUAGAUGGUGCUGCAGUGCUGGCUGUUUACCUCUUUUUAUAUCAUAACACAAACAGCAUUGCAGUGAUCCCUGGCGAAAGAAUUGAAGCAAUUCACCAACAAAGAGAAGAGUGAAAUAACCACCCCCAUGCUUUUUCGUUUACUGUGCACCCUCAGAGAAUCAAUUUCAAGGUUCCUUGGGAGAAACAAGAAAAAGUGGUUUUAAACUGUUUUCCCUUGGUAGUGUAGAUGCAAACAACAAUAGAAUCAUCAUUAUUUAAAAUGUUAUUUCCAAAUUUUAGGGCUUAAUCAAUCCUUUGAGAGAGUUAAGCAUCUUCUUUUUUGUUUCCCACAGAAUCUUGAACUCUUGCACAGACUUGAUGAAGGUGAGUGCCUUUGUAAUUUAUUAAAGCCCCAGCUAAGUACUUGAAAAACCCAGCUGUUACCAGAUGGCUGGACUUCUGGAGGGUAUUUAACACUGCAUGGUUAACAAGAUCUCUAGAUAUUCAGCAUGACCUUUUAUUUCAGGUUAGCAUUGCCACUAAGGGAAGUUUCAGAAGUAUUGUACUGUGUCUGGAGGGUCAGGUCUUUUUUGUUGUACUGGAAUCCCUAAAGCUGUAGGGAAAUCCUUCUAUUAAACAGAGUGGUUUGUUGUUUUUGUCUCUUUCAGGCAAUCAGGCUUCUUGUGAUGACAUCUACACAUUUACAGAAGGAGAUAGUAGAAAGUGGAAGGGUAAGGCUGUUCUUUUUGGACCUUAUGUUCUUCCUUUGCAUGAAAAGUAUGGGGGGCACUGAACAUCUGGCAGGGAGAAGCCUGGAAAUGUGGGCUGCACCAGCUCCUUGUGUCACAUCAUUACUUAAGACUGAAGACUCCCAAGUAACGGUUUUGUCUGUUUUCUCGUGGCCUCUAUGAAGCAUUUAAAGCUAUAUCAAAUGCUAUUCAGAUAAUGCCUCUUCCUUCUCUACAAGAGAACCUGUUUUUAUUGCAUUCCCAACCAUUGGCUAUGCUGGCUGAGGCUGAUAAGAGUUGGAAUCUAGCAAGCCCUGGAGGCCCAGAAGAUCCCCAUCCAUGCUCGAGAGCAGGGUUAACCAAACUUGGGUCUCCAGCUAUUGUUGGACUACAACCCCCAUCAUCCCUAGCUAGCAGGACCAGUGGUCAGGGAUGAUGGGAAUUGUAGUCCAACAUCAUUUGGGAACCCAAGGUUGGAGAAAGGCUGCUCUAGAGUAAAGAAUGCUGAGAAGGAACUCCCCUGACCCCACCUCUUCCCUCUCUUCUCUUGAGUCAGUAAAACAACUCCUGCUGCAGUCCUGUAUUAAGCACCCCAGCAGGGCCUCCUCUUGGGGAACCACUUCCAUCAGGAAUUGUGAGCCUGUGGCUCUCCAGAAGUUGCUGGACUACAACUCCCACCAUCCCUGGCCGCUGGCUGUGCUGGCUGGGACCGAUGGGAGUUCUAGACCAUGUUCCUCCUAAUCCCUGAGCUAGACGGACUUCCUGCCACCACUUGCAUCCGUCCCCAGUAUAAGGCGGCUUUGUUUACCCAUUUGUGACCUUUCAGUAAGCACACCUGUCACCCCAGUCUUUGAAGAAGCUACCAGAGGGUGUGUUUUCCAGGCAGAGUUGCAUCAUCUUUUCCAUUUUGAAGCAUGUUUUGCUUACCAAAUAAAGCUCAGCCUUAUUGUGAAAGCUAAGUGUCCUAUCUCUCAUGGAACACUAGGGGGCAGCAACACCGCAGGAGUUUUAUGCCAAGAACUCGCGUUGGACGGAGGGACUCAUCUCUGCUUCUAAAGCCGUGGGAUGGGGAGCAACACAGCUUGUGUAGGUAUCUCAAUUGCUUGGGCUUUCUUUUCCAAGCCACUUGCUUUGUGGAUUGAAACACAAGGGAAUGGCUUCACUAAUCCUCUGUCUUUUUGCUCCCCACUUCAGAGAGUCUGCGGACAAAGUUGUCCUACACACAGGCAAAUAUGAGGAACUGAUUGUCUGUUCGCACGAAAUCGCAGCCAGCACAGCUCAGCUUGUAGCUGCCUCCAAGGUAAUCACCCCAGAAGGAAAAAUAGUCUGCACUCUUCUCAAACUGUGCAGAACUGGGUGCAGUUCACAUGCCUACAGCCCCAUCUCAGAAGCAACAUGCUUUGCAUUGGGCUGGGAAUUCUGGAUUUUUUGCUCUUAGAACUGUACCAAAAACAUCCAAUGAAAUCUCAAAUGAGAAAGGAGAGUGAGGGUUCUGUUGCCAAAGUAGGCUCUAGUGUGCCCAGAGCCCCUUGCAGAAGCAACUUCCUACAUAGGUAAAGGUAAAGGGACCCCUGACCGUUAAGGCCAGUUGCAGAUGACUCUGGGGUUGUGGCGCUCGCUUUACAGCCUGAGGGAGCCAGCAUUUGUCUGCAGACAGCUUCCGGGUCAUGUGGCCAGCAUGACUAAGCCGCUUCUGGUGAACCAGAGCAACGUACAGAAACACGGUUUACCUUCCUGCUGGAGUGGUACCUAUUUAUCUACUUGCACUUUGACAUGCUUUUGAACUGCUAGGUUGGCAGGAGCAGGGUGGGAGCUCACCCCGUUGCGGGGAUUCAAACUGCCGACCUUCUGAUCGGCAAGUCCUAGGCUCUGUGGUUUAGACCACAUGCUCAGGUACAAAUACGCUUAGCAGCUAUAACUCAUAAGAACACCAUAAGACCCCUGCUGGAUCAGGCCAAUGGCCCAUCUAAUGUCGCGUCCUGUUCUCACGCCAGCCAGAUGCCUGUGGGAAGCCUGCAAGCUUCCCCACCCGUGGUUCCCUCAGGGGACCAUUUUCCUCUGCUACCAUCUUCAUUUGAAGCUUUUUGCAUUUCCUGGGUUCAUUCUCAAGGCCCCAAACCUGAACCCAGAAAAAAGCACACUGCCAAUCCUCUCUUUUCGCCUCUCUCCUUUUGCAAAGUGGCUGCAGUUAUCAGAGGUUGGCCCUGGGGGAAAGAUGAAGGUGUAAGGUACCAAAGGAGAGUUCUCUCCCCCGCCUUCACUCCUCACUGGUUUCCACAAAUUCACAGAGGAGGUUGAGGCUAUCAGUGCUGAUAACCAUAAGGGAUAUGUACUACCUCCAAUAUCUGAGGUGGGUGCUAGGAAUCGCAGCUGGGGAGAGUUGUUGUUGUACUUGGGUCCUGUUGUGGGCUUCCCAUAGACACCUGCUUGCCUGCUGUGAGAAUAAGAUUCUGGACUAAAUGGGCCUUUGGUCUGAUCCAGCAAGACUCUUCUUAUGUUCUUAUGAGACGCCCCCAUUUCAAAGCAACUGUGGAAUGGCACGCUCCUUUCCUACCUCUCUGGUGGUGCUCAGCUGAACGCCUCCACUUUGAGGAGUGCCUUUGCUCACUUCUCUUGAAGGAUUUCCAUCCAGGAUGUGGGACUAGAUGGCCCUUUGCUCUGAUGCAGCAGGACAAGACUUAUGUCCUUAACCUGCAGACUAGGAAAUAAAACAGCAGAGAUUUUUCAGCAUCCUAAGCUCUGCCUCCAAGUUGUUUACUGUAACAAGUACGUACACAGCCCUGGUUCUGAAAUGAACUGGCCUCAAGCUGCUGCUGCUCAAAGCUUUAGGUUGGACUAGCAGACCUUUUUUUGCUCGUGUUUUCCCUACACCUGGCAAAAGAUUUGAAAGAAGCAAUAUUCUUGAUGAUGGCAGGUGAAAGCCGAGAAGCACAGCAGAAACCUAGGAAAGCUCCAGGAAUGCUCGCGCACCGUCAAUGAAAUGGCUGCCAAUGUCGUGGCUUCCACAAAGUCAGGCCAAGAGCAGGUUGAAGACAAAGGUGAGCUGCUGGGGUCUGGGCAUGGCAGUGGAGCUGGGCGUGGAGGUGGGAAACGCAGCGUGAAAUGGCAGACUUGCGUUCUUGAAAAUGCCUUUUUAAAGGCUUUCUGGUGCUUGCAAAAUUAUGAGAAGGAAAGUGUGACAUGAGGAGAACAGGGCUAAUAUGAAAGGCCAACAGAGUUACAGUGGAACCUCAGGUUACAUAUGCUUCAGGUUACAUAUGCUUCAGGUUACAGACUCUGCUAACCCAGAAAUAGUGCUCCAGGUUAAGAACUUUGCUUCAGGAUGAGAACAGAAAUUGUGCUCCGGCGGUGCAUCAGCAGCAGGAGGCCCCAUUAGCUAAAGUAGUGCUUCAGGUUAAGAACAGUUUCAGGUUAAAUACGGACCUCCGGAAUGAAUGAAGUACUUAACCUGAGAUACCACUGUAUUUAUUUAUUAUUUAUUACUAUUACCCAUACUCAGGGUGGUGUACAUGCUGCUCCUCAUUUAUCCACACAACAACUCUGUGGGGUAGGUUGGGCUGAGCAACUGACUAUCCUGGGCCCAUUCAGGCCGCAGUCUUAAAAUGCAAUUACCAGGAAGUAAGGCACCAUUGAGACUCACUUCUGAGGAAAUACAGUGGUAUCUCUGGUUAAGAACUUAAUUCGUUCCGGAGGUCUGUUCUUAACCUGAAACUGUUCUUAAGCUGAAGCACCACUUUAGCUAAUGGGGCCUCCCGCUGCUGCCGCGCCGUUGCGCAAUUUCUGUUCUCAUCCUGAAGCAAAGUUCUGAACCCGAGGUACUAUUUCUGGCUUAGCAGAGUCUGCAACCUGAAGCGUCUGUAACCCGAGGUACCACUGUAGUGGCAGGGAAGCACAAGUGGGGAGGGGGCUGUUGCUUUCAGGUUCUGCCUGCAGGCUUCCUAUAGGUAUCUGGAUGAUCUCUGUAAGAGGAGGGUCUCUCUGGAGUGAAACCAGUGCUUUAAUCACUGAACUGGACUGACUCCACGGGCAGUUAAUAGGGCCUUUGUUUUUUGUUACGUUAUGUUACACAGCACACUGUGUGAUAAACACUGGAAUUUGGUUCCACAAAAUGUGGGGCUGGCCACCAACCCAGGUAGCUUUGAGAGGGGAUUAGACAGUUCCAUGAAGGAGGAGGCAGCUAGCCAUAGAGACUAGUCAUGCUGGCUCUCUGGGGCUGGCCUUGUGCCUCUGAGUUCCUGGGGAACACGGGUGGGGGAGGGUGACUGCGCUCCUGCCCUGCUUGUGGUCUUCCCCUCUAGAGACAUCUGGCUGGCCUCUGGUGUGGCCCAUCAUGUCUUCUGUGGUUCUCAAUAAGAAACUACUAAGCUGUUAAUGAGAGAGGAGUUAUUUUGCAUAUUAAAAACCCCUGCCUAGCCUUUUUAUAGCUGUGAAGUUUUAUGCUUGGUGCCAUGUGCAACUUCCAGGGAGAUGUGGGCAGAACUUCAUUGAACAGCCUCGUGUAUUGGACUAGAUGUGUUGGGGGCAAAUAUGUUCUAUUGAAGAGCAAGAGGCUUUUCUAAAAGGUGCAAUAGCACAGACGGCUUUCCCCAAAUGCUGUUAUUGCUCAAAAUGGUGAAGGUUUCCAGUCUUUCCUGCUACAUACUAAGUUGCUCAACACUCCUACUGAAGCAAGAACACACUGGUGAGGGGCUGGGUUUAGGGUAGCAGAAAGUGGCAACUUUUCAGUUUUAAAAAAUGCCCCCCACCUCCCUGCUGAAAACAUAUGUAGUUUCUACAACAAACUUGCUUUUCUCUUCCUUUCAGAGACCAUGGACUUCUCUGGAAUGUCCUUAAUCAAACUUAAGAUGGAGGAAAUGGAGACACAGGUGCUGUUUGGGUUCUUUGGAAAAACAGGGGAAGUGUUGAAAAGAUUCCUGGGGAAGUAUAAAAUAGAAGCUGGGUUCAUCGUUCCCAAAGUGACUCUCACACAAGAGCCAACUGCCCCUUGAGCAUCUGAGGGAUGAGAUGUCGUCAAUGGGACAUCUUUAAAUAGGCCAUGCAGACUGGGGUUUCAUACUGGUGUUAUGUAAGCCAUGAUUUGUUUGCUGAAGAGCAAGUUGAAAGCAAGCCUUAAUAAGAAUGGGCAGUUGCUGCCUCCUCCCACCGUAUUUAAGGCUACAGAGGUUGAGCCUGACUCUCCUUGCCCAGUAGCCCUUCUUUGGAUCUGUCUGUCUACUCUAAUCCUUACCUUUUCCCACAACAGUGGCUUGAUUUCAGCAUGUCAGUUACAGCUGGCAGAGCUUGGAAACACAACUAGCCUUUCAGAUGCUGGUGUCCUCCAGCUGUUUUGCACUACAACUCCCAUCGGCCCCAACCAGCAUGGCUGUGGGUGAUGAGAGUUUCGCAUGGUCCAAACCAGUUGAACAAGCUGAGCAAGGGGUGGACUCUGUGAAUGUUUUAGUAACACAUAACAGCCAAGGGUUUGAAUAUCACAGGGCAGACAACAGAGCAUGGAGAAGCAGAGGUAAAUGAGAACAGCGUGUCUUCGUUCAGCUACACAUACCGUAUUUUUCCAUGUGUAAGACUAGUUUCCCCCCCUAAAAAAUAAUGUCAAAAAUAAGGGGCGUUUUAUACAUGGGGGCAUCCUAUACAUGGGAAAAUACGGUACUUGGUCCCCAGACCCUAUUCUCCAAGCCUAAGCAGUUGUGCCAAGACAAGGCAGUUGAGAAAAUGAGGUGUGGGACACGUGUGGGGCUGCGUGGAUGCAAUUCCAGGCAUAAGGAGGAGAAAAGACAGCAGUGGGAGACCUUUUGGCCACCUGGGAGUAGAGAUGCCAAGUUAGAAAUAUUCCCGCACUCUGGUCCAUGGGAGUAGAUCUAUGGAUAACAUGUGGACUAAGCAAGAGUGACUAUGUUCAACAGCUGCAUAAGAAGUGGGGUGUCUCUGAUAUUUCUCACUCCCCAUAGCUCAACAGAGAAUGUUGCUUGUUGCAGGUGAAAGUGCUGGAGUUGGAAAAGACCCUGGAGAAUGAGAGGCUUCGUCUUGGUGAGCUGAGAAGGCAGCAUUAUGCCUUGGCUGGUAUUGACUAUGAGAGCGCAGAGGGGGGGAAACCAACAGUUGCCCGCAAGCCAGGCAGCUUAAAGAAGCCUCCGGUUGCUCAGAAGCCUGUCCAGUCCCUGAAGCCAGCCUGUGAGGUACGGUAUACUCUCAGCCGCAGAACAAGGGGUGUGCAUGGUUGCAGAAAGCAACAGCCUUUUCACAGCAGUCAGGCCCAGAAAACAUUAUGAGGCUAGCAAGCUUAUGUGAUUCAUUCAUUACCAGGAUAAGUGCAUGUUUGUCACGGUUGUACGGGAUUCACGUAGGGAAGCCAAAUCGAGUUUUCCCCUCUGAGGAAUCCUCUGGAGACUCUGCUUGCCACAAAAAAUGGUGAUUCCCAGGCAGUGGGCAUAAUACUGUGGAGGGUGCAGAAGAGCACUGCAGUGGCUAAAGGGAGACUGAGGAACAUGCUGGGGCACGUAAUAGUGUCUGUAGAAUGGCAACCAAUGCUGCAGUAGUAGAUUAAAACAAAUCAGCAAUACAGGAAAGCAUUUCUUCACACAUCUAGUCUGUGCAAUCUGCUGCCCCAAGAUAACUGCCAUUUGCUGAAUGAGAAAACACAGCCGUUCACAAGCUGCGGCAAGGGUGGGCAACUUGUGGCUCUCCAGGUGCUGCUGGACUGCAGCUCUCACCAUCCCUGGCCACUGGUCAUGUGGGCUGGGAGACCAAAAGCCUCUGGAGGACCACCACAGGUUCCUCAUGCCCUUGGGCUUUAUGUCUCCAUGCUUAGAGGCAACAGAGAAACAUCAGAAGGCUGUGAACCUCCUGGGGUGGAAGAUGCAAGAUGCUGGACUUUGGGAAUAAUCCUCUGGGCUACUCUUACUGAAAGGGUCACAAGCUAGAGGGAGCUUCUUCGUUUUCAUUUAUAGUACACCAUCCAGGAUACAGGACACCCUUUCCAGCCCCUAUCACUCCUGCCCUUUGGAUCGUUGGAGGGCAUCAGCUUGAGGGCAGGCAACAACUGUUUCCCAUUAACUGAUACAUCCCUAACUUGAUUGGACACAAGAUUUUGCCUUAAAAGCAUCCCCUCUAGUCUCAAGCACAUAGAACUGACAUGCAUCAUCCAAAAACAGUGUGUGUCUUAAAACAGCUGCCACAAAUAGAUUGAUUAAAUCUCAUUGCAUUAAAAUUUCUUUUAGUUGGGUAGUAACAAUCCAUAUCUUAUCAUUUUCUGUACCUGGUCCAGGAGGAUGGUGUGUUCCAGGCACAUGUUGUCAACUUCUAAGGUGUAAAUGGCAAACGACUCAACCUGGAAAGGAAGAGAACAGCAGCAGGAGCAGAGCAAAGGGCAUGUGGGAUUCAGCUUCUAGCCAGCUUGAUUCUUCUUCCUGCUGCCCGGAGGGGUUCAGGCACUGUGCCUUGCCUGCUGUUUUCCUGCAGGCUCCAAGCAACAGAUUUCUGGGCGGAAGACUCAAAGACUGUUUGCCUUUCCACAGAGAGGGGGCUGCUCUGGAAGGCCCUGAACUAUAGACAUUCCAACAUUUAAAAAUGUCUGUGUUUUAAACAGAUACAGAUUGGAUAAAUCCUCAGUUGCCUUGUGUCUGGCAUUGCCUUUACACUGAAAACUUACUUCCUUGACCAAGAAAGAAGCAAAGGUAUCUUUGAAUUGUAUAGCUUGACCUGAUCUGUAGUAUUAGAACGACUGCUUUCUUAAAGCAACAGUAGGCUGCCUGUUACCUAUGUGGAACACAGAUCCUAAAUGGGAAGAAAGGGGAGGGUGAGGGGAGAAAGUUUACUUUGUGGAUAUCAGUUAUUUAUAAGCAAUAGGAAUCUUGUGCUGUUUCGAGUAAACGUUGGUGUACCUAUCACUGUACUACAGGAGCCUUUUUAAAGAAAUGUGAUCCCCCCCUCCCCUUUUUAAGUAGGCUGUUUGGAUUUCUUUGUAGUGUUUAUGCUACAGGCUGAAAAAUGUUUCCCCCAGGAUGAAAACUCUGAAAAGGAUAACAAUCUUUUUAGACUGUCAGUUUUUGUAUACGUAUUAAAAAGGAAUAGGAUUUAUUUACUGUACAGAAAGGUUUGACAACUUCUAGAAGCACUGCAAGCAGAGAAAAAGUCUACACUGGUUUAAGGUUAUAAAAUUCCAAUUUAGGAAUAAAAUGUAAAAAACGACAACCACCCAACUCCUAUCACAAUUAUUGAUGGAAACAGUUGUAGAGUUUGACAUUUAAUAGGGGUGGUGGUGGGGAGCAGGAGGAUUUGCAACUUAUAGGAAAGCUAAGGGGGUGGGAAAUGAACCAAAUGCUAAAUUUUAAUAGGACUAUUUAGCUUAUUAAAAUGGAUUAAUUGCCUGAAACCUUGUUCAGUGUUCUGUUUUCCUGAUAUUUUUCUAGAUCAUAUUUUUACAACUAUUACUUAGUACCACCUCCUUGAAGCUGGCUGGCUUCAACAUGUGGGCGUCUUCUCUACCAAGUUGUCCAGCUUGGCUUCUCCAUUUAAGCCAUUAAUGAUAUUGCUGAGCAGGUACUUUACAACUGCCAAGUUCAGUCCUUCAGGCCGACUCUAUAUAAAGGUAGCUUCACUGGGACAUUGUUCUUGCCAAGUGUAUCUAGUAGAAUUGUAGCCAGAGCAAGAUUUCUGCUAUUGGAACUGAACCAUGGCCAUUAUUUUUGGUGCUUGUUGUACCUGCAAAUUGCAAAGGACUUUAGUACCACAAAAUAAUUAUCCUCUCCUUUGGAGUGUUUCUACUAGCAAAAACAAUGACAUUUUAAGCAAAUAGCUGGAAGUCUGCCUUGAUUUGUUUACACUUUGUGGUAUUCUUGUACAUAAGCAAUAAAAUAAGACAAGUGGUGUGUUAGGAUACUGAAAUUGCUGUGUGAAUGUCUGAGAAAACAAAUGGGUUAUUUCUUGCCUUGACGUUCCAACAGUGGUAGCUGUCAAAAUUAAGUGGUGCAGUAUUCUUUUACAAAGUCAAACCAGCCUCAGCACAGAAGCAGUUAUCUGCAUAGUUAACAUAUUUCAAGGUAAUAUAUUUCCCUUUUGACGGUUAACUAGGUGGCUCAGUCACUUUUUUCCAUCUUUGUCAAUGGGAGAGGAAAGCAAAGUGGCAAAGUGGUACUUUACUGAGCAGCAAUCGCACAAUGUACACUCAUGGGGAAAAGAAAGUACACCCUCUUUGAAUUCUCUGGUUUUACAUAUCAAGGUGUUGCACUGGCCCAGUUGAAGUCCAGACCUCAACUCAAAUGAAAUGCUGUGGCAGGACCUUAAGAAACCUGUGCAUAAACAAAUGCCAACAUUGUAAAGAAGAGUGGGCCAAAAUUACUCCACAAUGAUGUGGGAGAUUGAUAAGUCAUACAGAAAAAGAUUAGUUCAAGUUAUUGCUGCUAAAGGUGGUUCUACAAGCUACUGAAUCCUUAGGUGUACUCAGUUUUUCACACAUGGCUUCUCCACUUUGGCUUUAUUUCUGUUAAAUAAAUCAUGGAACAGUGUAAUGUGUCAUGUGUUGUUGUUCAUCUGACAUUGUAUUUACUUAACAAUAAUUUGUUCCUUAGCAGGUUUUAAUAUUAUGUCCUCAUAUAUAAACCCACAGAAUUCAAAAAGGGUGUACCCCCCCCACGACUGUAAGAGUUGAAAAAGGUAAUUUUGAGAAGACACACACCCAUAAGCCAGUGACACAUUUGUACAAAAUCUAGCAUUUUUUUAUUCGGUAAUCACUGCAAUCUUGAAAUUGUUAACAGCCAAUUCUACAAGAAAAACAAACGGCUUUCAACACUGAAGCUCGUUUUGAAACCACAUCCUCAUCAGUUGUAUAGCACAAAGGAAACUUUUACAGACUUGUUACAUUAGGAACAGUCCUACUUCCAGAAGUGAGAUUCUGCUAGAGGCUUAGUUAAAAGUAUCCAGUAGCUUCUCUGGGGGUUAGAGGCAACACGCUGCAUGUCUUCCUAAGACUAGUUUACCCUGGGAUAAGUGUCAAGCAGCCUGCCCCUGAGGCACAAGCGACAGGAUGAUGCCUCAGAAUACAGCCUACUACAGAGGAUUACCAAAUUGCCAGCAUCUGACACACCUGCUUCUUUAUUGGACUUAAAUACACUGCCAGCCUCCCUUAGUAAAACUAGUUACCUAUCCUAAGUUUGACUCUUCUUACGUACUAACCCCACCCCACCUCUUCUGCAUUCUGCUGCUACCACUGGAUGUAUGAAGCUAAUCCAGCAAAAUCCACUUAUACUUUCCCCACAAUAUAUACAAUUACGAAAUAGGCAUGGUCUAAUGUCAAGCAAGUACACUGUGAAAUUCCCUUUCACAGCAGACAUCCCUCCAUGUGUAUACUCUUAUAGAAAGGGCAAUUAAGACAGUUGUGUAUAAAAAAAGUGGCUCUCCCCUCUCCAAAACACACACACACAACCCUGCCAAGGGAGUAUGGCUUUCUUCACCUCACAAUAGUGUAUGUUCAAUGGGUGUUUUUUUUUUUUUUAAAAAAAACAUCACUAGCUGCACAAUACAGGUAUAAUGAACAAAAACACAUUUGCAAUUUUUUAUAUAAAGGUCAGCAAAAGAGUAAUAUCUGAAAUGGAACACUAAAACAGUUUAUAUUCUAACGCUAUUUAAACUUCUGAGCUUCAACUGCUUUUGUUUAUUAAAAAAACUUGUAAAGUUUUCAGGUAACAUUUGCCACUUGCAGGCAUCUGAAGUCAUAUGUUGAAGUGUUUUGAAGAAGGUUAUGACCAGGCGGCUCCUAAAUCUUUUGCCACUACUGGAAUCAAGUCUACUCCAUAAAGGGGGAAUGCUUGCUCAACACAUGUUCACAAGUGGCCUUCAGAUCAAGAAGCCCCACCCACGGUGGAGUGCCUCCCAUUCAAAUGCCAUUCUCACCUUUGUUACCCCACAACUGGUUGCUGGUGGCCAAGCCCCACAUGUAAUACUUCCUUCUGUAUGAAUGCAGAAUAGAAGGAAGUGGGGUGCAGGAUCAGGGUGCAAGCAGCAGGUAUUGGUGGGGAAGAAAUCAUUCAUCCGUUUGCAUCUGACUCCUUUGGUUUCAUCUCCACCCAGGUCCCACUUAAUCAGAAGAAAUGUCCAACAGUGUUCUCUCGUAAGAAGCGUUGCAUUCAUAGGACCUCACAGGACAGCUUGCUUUCUGUGCUCAUCCCCCAACAUUUUGCUGAACAUUUGGACUUCCACCAUGCAAGAGGGAACAAAAGGUCUUGCCCUCCUUCAUGCAGUUACAAACAUUUGAAAGUAUGUCUUGCACAAUUAACAACUGCAUUUCCUGCUAUCACCAUUUUGAACACAAUGACAUCUAACAAGUGCUCCGCUGUAGCACCAGCCAAGCGAUAACCCCUAAGCCACAACUGCAACACCUUCCUCCCCCUGCAGAGCCCCAGGUGGCUGUUGCCUGCAUCCUCCUUUAACUGCCACAUCUGAGACAAACAGAAGUUCUUCUGGCAGGCUUGAUUUACCAGCCUACUGGAUCAGCCCUCCCCACCUUUUCCUUGAUUACAGCAGUUUAGUAACAACGGCUACCAACCACAUAUUUACACUUCUCACCACAAGCAAAUUGCAGAUACUGCCUUGUGUUUACUUUCAAAAUCCUGCAUCAUAAAAAGAAACCCUCAGAAAGGAGCCCUUAGAAAAAGACAAUUGAAUGGCCACUGAAUUGAGAGAUAUGCAGGUAUCUUUUAUCAGCAAGUCACAAACAGUGAUCCUAAGGCACACAUCAGCCAUGAUGCACUGCUGCUGGAUACAAAGAGAGCCCACUUUUGUUGCUGGUAGUGCGGUUGUCUUCUCCAUGAGGAAACCCUGAACAGUCCAGCAAUUGCAAAAUACAUUGUUGCUGCUUUAAAAGGCAAAAUUUCUUUAAAAACUAGUAUUGGGCUUUGGGGUUCUUUCUUGAUAGGGACAAUCACUGUCUAAAAACACUUUAGAAAGUAUAUAAAUAUGUUUUGUGAAAUUUGUAAGUGGGCUUGCGACCGCCUCUGUUGCACACAAAG